AUGGCUGGGUGCUCUUUGCAAGGUCACAUGGUUGAGCGCACCGGAAUUUCCGGUUUCCUCUGGUUCGGCGUUGCGGCUUCGCUGUGGAGGCCCAGAGUGGCCGAGCUGCCCGCCUUGCUUGUGGUGGGUAUCUCCCCUUCGCGCUCCCGCUCUUUCUCUGGCACGGAAGGCUCCGCCUGCCUCGCUGGGUAUGUGCGGCCGACUCCAGUCCGCCUUGGGUCGUGAGGGAGGCGGGUAGGGAAAGGGUCCCCCCACCUUUUGUCCCUCUUGGAGCAGCGAGACCGCACGCGGGAAACGCGCCUGGCGCUGACAGGGCCGCGCGGGACAGGGCGGCGGGGAGGGGAGCCUCUUGCCAGGGAUACCGGUGACUCGGACGCAUCCUCAGUUCGUGGCAUUUGCUGGGUGGGGGGCAAGAAGAGGGGGGCGUUUGGGCCGUAGAAAUGCUCUCCCGGAAGAGGGGGGCCUGGAGGGGUAUCCGCUUGUUAACAGUGAAGGAGGUAGACCCAAGUUCUGCACCCGGCGACGGCGAGGACUCUUGGUUUAUUAUGUAUUUUGUGUCCUUUUUCUGUAGUUUUAUGUUGUGAACCGCCCUGUGAUCUUCGGGUGAAGGGCGGUAUACACAUUUAAUUGACAAAUACGUAAAUAAUUGGGGGGUGCGAUGGGUUUCAAGCUUGCUGUGAGAACGCCUUUGGAAGGUUCCCCUUCAGUUACUGGUAUCUUCAGUUGACAGGGUUGUUCAGAGGCCUCUCUUCCUUGGCACUUGGGCGAGCUGCUGCCAGUGUAGGCUAAGCUGGAGGAUGUACCAUUGGAUUGGCUUGUGUAGUAAGAUUUCCUGUGCUGUUAAACUCUGUCAAGGAGAUGUGGGGCGCUUGCAGAUUUGUGAUCUAGAAGUAUGAUUGGAACUGAAGGUGCAGAAACAAAAACAAAACCCCUGGCUCUUGUGCAAGCAUCUGGGGAGGAAAUGAAAAGUUAGUAAAUUUAAAUGAUCUCAGGGAGGUGUUUUUAUUUUUAAAAAUGUGUUCAUUGUUUUAUAUAGUUAAUUGUGAAAACAACAGAUAUCACCAGCUGUCUUAGAAGGGGGCAUCCCACCUUCCCAUGUCUCACACGCCAGAAUGCUAGCAGUAACACACACACACAUAUGCAUUGCAGGGUGUUGGACUGUAUGACCCCCAGAGGUCCCUUCCAGCUCUACAGUUCUAUAAUUCUAUGAUAAUCUAAAAAGCUAGUGCUCUUCCCUUUAAAAAAUAUUUUAAUUUUAUGUGAAGUUGUGCAGAUGUAAUCACAUCAUUUUUACAUCUCAUCCCUAACCGGCCUGUUGGGAGGAAGAGUGGGAUAGAAAUUUAAUAAGUUAAAUAAAAAUGUCUGCUUGGAAGCUACUUCUGUUGAACUCCAUUGUAUCUACCCCCAAGAUAGUAGAAUUAGGAGUGUGGCCUUAAUUAAUUGGCUAUGAGUAAUAACUGUAGUUUUGGAAUCAAAGCAAAUGCAGUCACACUUUGUUCCAGUGACAUGUUGCUGCAGGCAACACAUAAAUGAAUGACAGAUUCUAAUUAUGCAAACCAUCAAUAACCCUUUACCUCUCCCAGAGCUCCUUAGAGUAUGAGUGGGAUAAGAAAUAAAAUAAAUAAAAACUAUUUGGCAUUUCCCCCAUUAUAUUUACUGAAUAUCUGGAAAGACUUGUUGAUGGAUAUAGAGCAUAUUCUUGUUUUUAUUAGUUUUAAUAUGGUAGACUUUUUAUUCAGAACACACUCUAUUUGAGCAUUGGCUUGGGAACACCUAAUUCUGUAGCCAUAGUUUAAUUUUGUUACAGCUACACUUAUAUGCUGCUAGAAGACACCCAUUCCAAACUGGCUUUAAGCAAUUUAAUAUAAUAAAUACCUGAAAAUGCAAAUAAACAAAAGAACCAGUUUUAAAACAAGCAUUAAUUAAUCAUCAGCAUCAAAAACACCCAAAAUAAGGAAAUCAAUAUAUUGAACACUUUUUAAAGUAUAAUUAUUAUUUUAAAAUAAAAGUUAUAUUUUAAAAUGCAUCACAUUGAGUUCUUGGAAAACAAAGGACAUACCUCUACAAAUAGUUUGUCUGCCAUUAAAAAUUGUUGUUUUUUAAAAAAGUUGUGUACAGUAACCUUCAGGGAAAAAAUGGAAUAUCCUUGGAUUGAAAUAUUCACCUAGUUUCUCUUGUGCUGCCAUUUCUAAUCGCUGCUUUCUGUCCUUUCAUUGUUGUGCAGAAAAUAUCCUGUUUGUCCUGUGUAAACUAUAGCAGUUCAUUGUUGCAAGUGAUGGAAAGUUGUUUGCCAUUGUCAGAAAAUGUAGUAAUUGGUUGUUGCUAGGAUAACAUGCAGUUAGUUAUCAGUUCAGUAGUUAUUCUUAUAAUGCUCAAAUCAAUGCAAGUCAUAAGGUUAUUUGUGACUUUCUUUCAAUACGAACUGUUCACAGGCUAGUUGAGGCACAGAACAUGUAUAGGAAGUGACAUAUAAAGAGAGGCUUUGUUUAUCCUGCUGCUCAGUCUUUUCUUUCCAGACUGCACCACCUUAACACUCAGCUGUGCUGUUUUGCAAUUUAUCUUUGUUAAUUCUACCUAUAAUUCAGGUAGAAAUGUAUACUAAAUAUGUUUUUUCCCCAGUGCACUUGUGUUCAAGGUAUCUAGAACUCAGCACAUUUUUGCUUUAGUUUACUAGAUUAUCAUAUUUACUUCCCCAUCUAUAAAAAAACAAGUUUCCAUGCAGAAUUAAUGCUAGCACAGGUUUUUUUUUUACUUAUCAGUAUCAGAUUAAUAAUAUUUAUUCCCUGCACUGGAAUAUGUAUUGUAUUAAGUGAAAACCCGCCCAUUGGUUGUGGAAUUCAUAUUUAUAGAUUUAUUUUUAAAGCCAAGCCCUAGAAUUUAUGCUGGAAACAAAAGUAUGUUUGAUAUAAACAUUGGAAACAGCCCAAUUGGACAAUGUGGCAUAGUGCUGGCCACAUAUUUGCCCAUUUUUGAGUCAUAUUAUUCAUUUGCAGAGUUCUUCUGAGGAAGACAUAAUGCAACUAGUAUCCUGCUUGUUCCCGUAUAAUUAAUAGUGGUGGAUCUGAUCUUUCUUCUUCUUCUUUCACCUUCAACAUAUUGUACAUCAAUUUAAAUUGGGAUGCAUACAGAAUUUUGUUCUUUAUAGAGUGGGUGUUUAAGGCAAAUUGUGGUGGAGUUCAGGAAGUGCUGUACGUUUGCCAAUAUCCAGAAUAAAGAGCAUCUUGCUAGUGUUUUUGGCAAAACACAGGUGAUUUAUUUGUGGGCAGUUAGGAUGGACUUGAAGUGCUCUGAAUUUCAGGUAUGCUAGAUGUGUGUAAAGUUCAGUGAAGAUUAGAUAAGAACUCCUCUCUCUGAUGUGCAAUGUGCUUUGCUGGGCCUCCUUCCUUACUCUUACUUCCUCUUUUUCUGCUCUUUCCACUCUCCAUAUCUCAUCUCCUUUGACACUUCUGAAUAAAUUAUGGAGCAACUUCACACAAUAAAUUAGCACCUGUUGCUUUUCUUUGGAUAUGUCCCAUGUUGUGGUAUUGAUGCUAUGUUUUAAAUUGCUCUAAUCAGAAUGGGCUUAUUUUAUAAUUCUCAUUGAGUUAAUGCUGUCUGUAGAUGUGCAGGAUUCACUGAGAUGUUGAAAGACCUGAUGAACGUUCUAGACUGUCAUUGAUUCAACCACUCUUGUGAAACAUAGGACCUUGCAAACCUCUUAGUGAUGGGGAAAUGUUUUGAUUUAGAAUAGUUAAAUCUCACAGUUUGCAGUGGAAAUUCGCACUGUCUUUCAGUUGUACAGUGGUCAACUGCUUAGCUUUUGACGCUUACCUUGUAGGUUCAAAUCAUUCAAGAAGUUGAACUGGGUAAUAUUUGCUGGUUUAAAAGAUAAAAUUCAUUAGCCAGAAGAAUGCUAAUUUAGUUGGCUUUUUAUCAUAUUUGUAUCUUGUAGAAAACAAAGCUGCAGUUUGACAAAAACAAGAACUCUUUCUUCUGUUUGUCUUAUCACAGACAAAAUGUGGGGAAACCCUCGACCAGCCAACAGAAUGGGUCCUUUUCGGUAAGUGUUUAACAUGAAAUAAGUUUUUGGAUUUAUAUUUGUACUGCAUUAGGCUAGAUACCAUGUAAUAAGAUGACACAAAAUCUCUGCUUCAUAAUUGGUAACCACUUGUGACAACCCACUUGCACAGCAUCUUUACAGGGCUUGCCCUUCCCCUCCAUCAGCUCCUCCCCAAGGUUUCCUAGUGCUGCUUUUUAUGUAGUCAAAAUAACAUCUCGAGUACACACGAGGGAGGUACCAUUAGUUCUGGGGGAACCAUGCUCAAUGGUCAUGGAAUGCUGAUGAGAGGAAGAGGAUAGAAUGGAGUAUCUUGGAAGCAGAUGUAGCUGGUGCAUAUAACUCAGUGUACACUUGGAAGGUAUGGACAUUUCCCUUGUCAAAUUGACAGUUAUAUUAACAAAUGCCGACAGGAAUUAUUGAAUGUUGUUUUGGCAGAAAGUAGGUUCCAGAAAAUAGAUUCCACUCGAUGUUGGGACACUGUAAGGUCAUGGAAGAGUGUUUAUGCUCGUGUUUAAAUGUGCAGGACAUGAACUUGACCCUCAUGGCCAAAGCUACUUUGCUAGGCUACUAGAACUGUACGUUAUGCCUUGUGUUAUUGUAGGGCCUUGGAGUGUCUAGGAUAAUGCUCCUGGAAACUUUAUGGCAUGCAUGCCAGUGAAAAAUCUUGAGAGAAACAGCUAUACUGACAGAACCACAUUGAUAGGUUUGGGGAAAUGUCUUCAAAGAGUAAUGGAUAGUAGCCAUCAGCAGACGACAGAGAUGCUUUGCUUUUAUGCAUGGGUCUGCCUAAUAAAUACGCAUGAGACAUGUUAGCUGGGUAUGCAGUUGUUAUGGUGCAGAUGAAGGAGCACAUGAGGAAGGUGCAAUAUGCACUACUGCAAAUUGAGAUCAAAGUAAAACAAUGGUGCGAGCUGAGAAAGUAUAUAAAAUCUCAUAAUUGUCUCCCCUUCUUGAUAGUACGUUAGUACAACUAACACAUGGACUGGGCAGUGUCAUUCAAAUACAGUAUUGAGCUUGUCCACAAAGGCCUUGUUUUAUGAAUAUAGCAGCAUGAGCAUAGUUGCUCGACUGCUUAAGAUAGUGAUAAAACCAGAUUUAAUGGAAAUUCUUUAUUUGGAGGAGCAUCAAGGACAAAUGCGGUGGCUUCCUUAAUGGAGAAUUCCAAAUGCCCCAGCUGUAUGUACUGUGAGACUAUGUAGAUUGUUACCUUCAAUGACUCAUUAAUAUUUCAGGUAUUCCAUGUUGAGUUCAACUGGGAAUUGUGGUGAAAUGGGAGUACGCAAGUUUACUUGUCACGCCUGUCGUAUACUACCUCCUCUUAAACUACCAAACAUCAAUAUCUUCUGCGGAUCUUACUGUUGAACAGCUCUGUAAAAGGUUUAGAGAAGAACAUGCUGAUGUGUAGAUUACAAACUCGAAGGACAUUAUGAAUAACACUGUCUUUGUUUCUACAGUGGGAGCCAAGAAGAAAGGUUUGCUCCCGGGUGGAACAGGGAUUACUCUCCUCCUCCCCUUGAUAGUCUUGCUCAAGAAAGACACUCUGGCAACUUCUCUGGCAGAGAAUCACUUCCUUUUGAUAUCCAGGGACACCCAGGCAUCCUCAAUCCUCAGUUUGCCAACAGAGAGGAACCUACUUUCAGCUUUGGAGGUAGAGAUGGACCACAUAGUGACUUCAGAGGUGGGGAGGGUCAUUUGCAUGGUUUUGGAGGCAGAGAUUACCCACCUGAUUUUCAGAGUAGAGAUGAGUCACACUUGGACUUCAGGGGCAGGGUGCCACUUCUUCCAGAUUUUAGAGGCAGGGAGAUGUAUCAAGGAGAUUUCCAGGAUAGGGAGGGACAGUCUAUGGAUUAUAGUGGAGGAGACAUUCCUCCAAUGGAUUACAGGAAUAGGGAUUCUUUCCGUAUGAACUACAGGGAUAGGGAAGCUCAUAAUAUGAGCUAUAGAGGCAGAGAUGACGCUCCAUCUGAUUUUCGUGCAAGGGGAACAUUUGAUUUAGACUUCAGAAACCGAGAUGGAUCUCACCCACACUUUAGGGCAAGGGACAUGUCUGAACAGGAUUAUAGGGGCAGGGAGCAGCCAUAUUCAGAGUUUAGGAAAAGAGAAAUGCCUGAUAUGGACUUGAGGAGCGUGGGUGCAGCUGACCUAGACUUCAGAGACAGAGAUGUACCCCAUUCAAAUUUCAGAAAUAGGCCAAAAUCUCAGACUGAUCAGGAUUUUAGGGGUAGGGAUGUGCCACCUCCUGUGGAUUUUGCAGACAGAGAUGUGCCCUCGGUGGACCCAAACCUUGUGGACUACCAGCAUAGCCUUUCUACAGUGCCGCCAACAGAUAGAGAAUGUGAGGUAGAUGAGGCUGGACUUGCUGCUAGGGAGCGGUCUUCCUUUAGUGUUCAAAGCAAGGAGUUUCCACAUUCAGAACCAAGAGCCAGAGAAGAAGAAUCUCAAAGACAGAAGCCCGAGACUGACUCUUCACUAGACUUCCAAAGUAGCUGUGGUCCUCUUACCACUCUUCAGGACCAAGAUAAGCCUUCUCAGGCCUUUGUUAGCAAUCAGGAGUUCCCUGCGGGUGAACAGCAAGUAUCUGAACCAUCUGCUCUUGGACUUAAGGAAAAAAGUGACCUGGAUUUCCUUGGAAGGCAGGAUACAGACUAUAGGGGCAUUGAGUAUCGAGAUGUAGAUCAUCGGCUGCCAGGAAGUCAGAUGUUUGACUAUGAACAUGGCAAGUCUUUUGCAGAGGGCAAGUCUUCUAAAGAUUCUCAGCCAGAUCUUCAGGUAUGUGAUCCGUUGGAAAACGUGUAUCUAUAAUCAUGUGUAAACAUAUUUAUGAAAGCUUUGGAAGAAUAUGUUAAUUACAGCCUCCCCUCCUUUGUCUAUUUAAAACCUAGUUAAGCUACUGUAAGGUAAUAUUGCAAUGAUAUUUUAUAAUGUUGAAACUUUCUCAAAUCUAGUAGUCUUUCUUUGCUUACUAAUAAUUCAAAUUCCACAUUCCUGACUGACAGGGGACUCCAAACAAUUUACAUGUGAAGCUGGUUGUGCUUCAACAUCGUGAACGUUUUAUAUAAAAACAAUACUGUGUUAUUUACUUUAAAUCAUUAUAAACUGUUUAGUAAAAUGAUAGGUCUUCAUUCUUGUCGUUAAAGUUUCCUUGAACUUUUUCUUUAAGGACCAGGAUUAUAGAACCGGCCUCAAAGAUAUAAAACCAAGCAAGCUGAUUCGACUAGGAAAAGUGCCUCAAACUGCAACAAAAGAUGAUGUAAGUAUUUAUUUUGCUUCUUGAUACUUAAUUAGAACAGCCAGUAUUGCACAGUAACAGUUUUCUUCAUAUGUUGUAUUAUUUUUAUUGUUGUUGAUUAAAUUUAUAUGCUGUCCUUCAUCCAAAGAUCAUUAGGCAGUUGACAACAUAAAAGCACAAAAUGCACAACAUAAUAGUGAAAACAAUAACACCCCCAACACACGCAUUUAAAGGCCAUAUAUAGUUUAACAGCCAAAGGCCUAUUUGAAGAGGAUUGUGUUUGCCUGGCACCUAAAUGUAUGUAAUCUGGGCGCCAGGCAAGCCUCCCUGGGAAGAGCAUUCCAUGUGGGGAGCCUCUGUGUAAAUGGCCUAUUCUCGUGUUGCUGCCCUCUGGACCUCUCAUGGAGGAGACACACCGAUAAGGGCCUCAGAUGAUGAUUGCAGGGUCCGGGUCAGUUCAUAGGGGGAGAGGCGGCCAUUGAGGAUCUGAGGCAUUUAAGGCUAUAUAGAUCAAAACUCGCACUUUGAAUUGGAUCUGGAAAUUAAUUGGCAGCCAGUGCUGUUGGGCCAGGAUUGGUGUUAUGCACUCAAACUGUCUUGCACCAGUGAGCAACCUGGUCAUUGAAUUCUGCACCAGCUGAAGUUUCCAAACUGUCUUCAGAGGCAGCCCUGUGAUAGAACAGAAUGUUCCUUUUUAAAAAAUGUUAUCGUGUAGGGUUUUUGGUUUUUUAAAACUUAACCUGAAACUUUGUUUGCUUCUGUAGAUUCUUAAUGCUUUCCAAGCGUGUGUUGGGACACCAGUGAAGAAUAUGCGCCUGAAAGAUUAUACUACAGGUGAGAAUUUAUUCAGUGUCUGUUGGGUGGAUUUACAGUUCACCUUGCAAUUAUGGCUUCCUUUUCUAACAUCCUCACUACUAUUGAUUAAAUGGCCUUUGGGUCAUCUAGUCUUCCCUUGCCUUCUUCAGGAUUGAGCCCAGGCUUAGCAGAGGUGAUUUACAGCUGACUUGCUAAUUCUACGUUAGCCAUGGAAAAAACCCCAAAAACACUCCUAAGGAAGCCUUCUGGAGAUGACAGUGGAUUGUUUCUAGUGGAUGUUCUUUAUUAAAUCUUCUCGUUGGGCAAGAUUACUUGCCCUGUAACAUCCUAGGUACAAAUAGUCUUCUCUUGAGAUGUUGUGGCACCUAAUUCCAGUCUCUUCAAGUCCUGAUAGCUCUAAAUAGCUCAGUGGAAACGUUUCUAUACUUAUAUGCUUCCCAAGUUUCUAUACGUUGGGUUGGACUUCUCAUUUCAGAGGAUGGCUUCAUUAAAAUCUCCUGGCCUCAAUCCGUAAGUUCCUGACUUGUCCAAAUGAAGUUUGGUUAGGGAAUAAUUAGCAGUUUUCUUGGUGGGGUUUGGGGAGGCAAAGAAAGAAGGACAAGGUUAAACAUGAAGGUAGGGAAUGUGAGACAUUAAUAUUAUAGUUCCAGAAGGGGUGAGAGAUGCAGGAGGAAAAAUGGGGAGAUGUUCUGAAACUUUUCCUUUUCCUUUUCCUGCUCCAGUCUGAUUGUAACAGAAAUCUCUAUGAGGAUUUAAAAUCUGGAGCUUCUUUAAAGCAAACAGUCCUGUAACCUACUACUGCGUGCUACAUCCUUAGUACACGUAUUUUCUGGGUCGCUGUGAUGUGGGAAUCAAAUAGUUUCCUUAUAUACCCUCAGUCUGGGUACGGGCACUGAAAAUAUCCACAAAGUUGCAAAUUUUUCUUUUCAGAAGUUGUUCUUGGAGUACCUCCAAACUGCUUUCAAUAUCCUGAGUACAGAAUCUGUUUGGAGACUUUGCAUCAGUUUAAAGGGAAGCAAAAUUCAAACUGCUUUUUGAACUUGGUGUAUAAAGAGCAGUGUCUUUGUGCUAUUAGGGCUGCUUCUGUGAAGGAAACUUGGGGGGCUGUGAGGAGACGUAACAGCAGGCCAUCAUUGGCGCACUGAACAUGUACCUUAGCAUCAUGCAGUUCCUCCUUCGCUUGCACAUGGAGAUCAGAAGCUUCUGAUCACCGUUUUAGGCAAAGCACAAUUUGCAGUUUGUCUGAACCCAGCAAAUGAAGCUUUCUGCAAAAUGCCUGUAAGCCAGGUUUGCAAACUAUGAGUUGAACAUCGCUUGCAGUAAAUCCAUAGUUUAAUGUUUGGGCAAAACUGCAAAUAGUGGUUUGAUGCAGAUCAUGGCUGGAAGUUCCUUAUUUUCUCAUGUGGGGAUAGGAAGCAGAGCGAAAGCUUAAGGCUUGUUUUUGUGAUGCCAAACCAUGGGUGAAAUUCAAUAUAGCACUUAGGCAAACAUUCUGUCCUCCACCUCUCCUCCCUGUGUCUCCUAAAUCUGUUCUAUGGGUUUCCCCAGGCCUCUGGAGCAGAUUUGAUGCUGGCAUGGGGUGCGUGUAGGGAGAAAGAUCCAUUCUGCAAGCAGAAGUUCGCAUAAUUAUUUAGCUGAAAACCACCCCAUGUUCUGCUGUUAAGUCUGAGUAGUUUAAGUAAGUCUGUUCUGCUGGAUACAAACAUUUGUCAAUAUAUGGAGAUUCUCCCUACAAUGUUCUUAAUCGCAACGACAAAGAGGCCAUACAGCGUAAUAACCCCUAACUGGGAGGGAAAUAAUAUGAUCCGUGCUUCUCUGCUUCCUUUAUGUAUUGCUGUUUACAACAUGAUUCUGUUCAGAUUUAUGAUUUUUAAAAAAUAUAAUAAUUAAAGAAAUAUUUACUAUAAAGUAUUUAUUUGGAAAUGAUAAUUUCACAUCCUUCUGUAUUUCUACUCCCAGAGAGGUUGACUGCUAGUAGUAAAUAAUUAAAAACAAUACAGCAUCAUAUUGAAAAACUAGAAUUAAAGCAUAGGUGUGUGCAGUUUUGUUUUACUUUCGGUGUCAACUGAUUUCUUUUUGAAAUGUUUGAAGCAAACCAUUUGAGCUGAAAAACAAAUCCUUGGAAUUGAAUCCCAGUGUUUAUGUUUCUGACAAGUAUGUUGGGAAAUAGAGAAUUGGGAUAAAGUAGGGUUGAGUUCCGUUUCAUGAGUAACUACACUGAAUGAAAAGUUCAUUAAAUGAUUAGUAAAAUAGAAUUUAGAGGAGAGAAAUUUAUUUUAGCACUCUGGUAUGUAUAAGCAGGCAUAACAUAUGUGUUUGAUUUGUAUUAAGGUGUAACUUCUCUUUGGAUUAUGACGUGUGUGGGGGGGGGGAUUACAAAUGUGCCUGGUGUGGUUUGAUUUCCAACAGUCCUCAGCACUGCUUGAGAAGCUGUACCCAAACUAGGGAGCUGAGAAAUCCUGUCAACCAUUUACAGAGCUUUCAGCCAAAACUAAAUUGAAUGCCAUGUUCUGUGUGCUGCUGCAAUACAGCAGAAAAAAAUAAUAUAUAGAGGGGAUUCUGGGUGCAGAGAAAGUUCUGUAUUCUACAGGCAUCUAGGUUUUCUGGGAAGAAAAUUCUAUUUUAAGCCACCUUAUAUAUUUGUCAGAGCAAUAAAUCUAAAUAUUUUGAAAAUGAUAGGAUGUAGAAAGGGAUGAAAAUCUUUGAAUUAUGUUCAUAUUUUGAUAGUCAAAUGUGUUCUUGAAUUACAAGCAACUGAAAGCACUUUGAGAUACAUAUUUUGCAACUAUGAUUUGAUGUUUGUACUGAUGCUUGGGGCGGUUUCUCAGGAGGUAAGCCCUGAAGGGCUGGCAUGGGGGUAGAGCUUGUGCAGGAGAUCAUAAAAAGUUCUCUAUCUAUCACAAUCUGUGUAGGUUGAGAACUUCUCAUGUUAGCUGCCUUGUUAAAAAUAUAUAUAUGAAAAGGUGGGGUAUAAAUUUAACAAAUAAGGUUUGGUGAAUACUUUAGGUUAUAGUGAGUAUUACAGGUUAUAGCUGUUCGAUGAAAGAUCUUCAUUCAGUCCUUCUCUUACCCGUUUUUGCCAUAACUGAAUUCUGCCCCUCAUCUUUGGCUGCCCUGAUAUUUCUCUAAAUCAAUUAGAAAAUAGUUACAUGUGGAACUGAGUUUCCUCUGUGUAAUGCAUGCUAAAGUUCUGGUAGGCAGGGAGUUUGCAGCUUGUUGAAAACAUGGCAUAUUUAGUUCAUAUUUUACGUAGCCUCCUUAGGCAGGUAUGCUACGUUGAUGUGACCAGAUAGCAACUGUAAGUCUCCAUGUGAAAAGUGAGCAAGUAUGGCCUGAAUCUAUCCUCUCUGAUAACGUGACAUAAGAUAUUUGUUCUUACUUCUCUUAAGGAUGCACGCUUCACCUAGCCACAUCAUACAUGAUCAAUUUCAUGCUCUUGUUUCUGGGAUUUGACUAGUUAUAAUUCAGUCUGUGUUCUGCCAUAUAUUUUGGCAGCCUAGAUCUGACAGGAUGUUGAAGCAAGCUAGAGGAUUUGAGCAUGAUGGUAGACGGUUGAUGAUUUGAAGCUCAAAGAGAAGAAGAGAUCUGUACAGUCAUAUGCUUCAGGCUAAGCAUUUUAGGGUUGCUCUCCGUGGUGACCCAGAAGUAACGGAAUGUGUUACUUCCAGGUUUCGCCGCAUGCGCAGACGCUCAAAAUGACAUCACACACAUGCGUGGAAGCAGUGAAUCACGACCCGUGCACUCGCAGGCGCGGGUUGUGUUCGUUUCAGGGUGCGAACGGGGCUCCGAAACGGAUCCGUUUGCAUCCAGAGGUACCACUGUGUAUGAGUAAUUUGGGGGAGAGGUGGGAUGGUUUUUCAGUUUGUGCCUUGGUGCAUUGAAGCAUCUCAUUUCCCCUAUUUUGGGUAUGUACAUCACAGGAAGAGAGAACUUAAUGUCAUUUUUAUGGCAGGCAGCUUGAAAUUGGACAUAUGGCCUUUUGUUUCAUAUGAGCCAAGAAAUAUUUUAAGGAGUAGGUUGUCUCUAAUAAUGCUGACCAGUGUCAUCAUAUCCAGUGAAUGAGCUUGUGAGCAAGUCACUUUGUUUUCUAGCCAGCAUUGUGAUUGCUUGUUAACUCCCAAGAACGAUGUGAUCAUCAAGUCUAAAACUAAAUAAAUUAUUGAAUAAAAGUUUAUUUUUUAAAAAAGCCAAACUCCCAGUGUUGCCACUUGUCUGAAAUAUAAUUAAGACAGAGCCAUAUUCCAUUUGUUUCAUCAAACCACAGUUCCAUGGUUUCAAUUUCAUAGAAAUUACAUGUGAUGUAAUUUCUGCAUACAAAAUUUCAUGUUCUAUUUUUUAAAUAAGAGAUUAAACCACAGUUUCUUUCUGUUUGUUUGUUGAUAUCAUGGAUAAUUGUGGCUUAAAUAAGCCAGGUUCUAUGAAUGCAAGCCAAGGGACUAGGAGGGAGUGUGCAGUCAUGUGAUCAAUUCUCUGACCAAUAACCAUUAUGUCUGAACUGAAUCCUUAUCUCUCAAUUUAUUAAAAAUGAUAUGGUCAAGUGUAAGCUAAUGUAUGGAGGCCAUUUCCAGCAAUCUGCUAUGCCUAUAAUGCAUAGACCAAUCUGAACCUUUAUGUAAAAUACCCAUAUGCUCAAAUACCAGUGAUGACUGUGAUAAAUAUGUGUUUAGAAAGAUAUGUAAGAUGAUAGUCACCAUUAGAGAAAUUCAUACCGCUGUACAGUUAACAUAACACUUUUUUGAGGUUUCCCCCUGCCAUGAACUUCUGAGCACAAACUAAGCAAGUUGUUGUUGUUGACAACAACUUGUUGUUUUAAAAUAUAGCUAGUAUGGAGUGGGGAAGAGACCAAAUAGGGAACAUAUGGAUAUUGUGGAGUUUAACCCUAGGCCCCUACCAUGAUUCAAAACAUUUGUAUGACGUUGUUGGGAGUGGUCAUUAGGAGAUUUGGAGCAAUGAAUUAGUUCUCUGAUGUGUUGUAGUCUAGUACCUGACAUAGACUGAUCUGAAUGCAGUGGUGGGCCAGGUGAGGGCCCGUAACCUGAAGCUGAAUUUUGACAAGAUUGAGGCACUGUGCAGAGGUGGUUCCUGGGUCUGGGAAUUGAGGCUGAUGUUGCGCUUACCCUAAAAAGGGGCAGAUACAUAGUCUGGGUGUGCUCUUGGUUACUGGUGGCUCAACUAACCUCUGUGGUAAGGAGCACCCUUCACCAUCUUAGGUUGAUGCUCCAGUUACAAUGGGUUCUGAAUGGGGAUAAACUACUGGCUGUGAUCCAUGUGUUUGUAACCUCUAGGUUGGAUUGCUAUUAUGCAAUCUCUGUGGGUUGCUGUUAGGUUUGGUUCAAAAUCUGCAGCUAGCGAAGAAUGGUUUUUACACUGCUGAGUGGAGUCUCCUGUUUCACCCACAGCAUCUAUGUGGAAAGAACUGCACUGGCUGCUGAUCAGUUACUGAACCAAAUUUAAGCUGUUAGUGUUGGCCUUUAUAGCCCUGAGUAGCUCAAGACAUGGAUAUCCCCAAUAGACUGACCCAGUCAUUACUGUCUGCCGAAGGGGCCCUCCUUACUGUGGCUCAACCUACAAAUAUCUAUUUGGUGGGCACCUGGAGAAGGGCCUUUUCUGUUGUGGCACCUACCUUGUAGAAUGUUUUUUCUGUUCAGAUUUGGUGGGCACUAAAGGUGGCAUGUUUCCUGCCAUGAACUUUUCCUGAUUGCUAGUGUUGUUUCCUGUUGCUGUUGGCUACUGUGACGUUGUUAUGAAAACUUGUUGUUUUUAUUUACUGUGAUGUUUUUACUGUGACUUACUGGAGUUUUUUAAGGUUUUGUGUGUUAUGAUUUGAACCGCUUUGGUAUUUUUGAAAAGUGAAACCUAGUCUAAAAAUCCUGUUAAUAAGCAAAUAAAUUUUAAAAAAUGCUUAAACCAAAAUCCAAAUAGGCAGUUCAUAGAAAGUUUGAGGCAAUUGUCAUCUUCAUCCUGCUUUGAAUUGCUGAGAAAUCUGUUCGGGGUGCUGUGUGGAUAGUGCUGAAUUUGUAUGGCAGAGAAUGAGCUUGAAAAUCACUGCUUGGUCACAAAGCUUACCAAGUGGCGUUGGACAGGCUGUGAGAAGCCAACCUAACAUAUACUUCAGGGUUAUUGGGAUAAAAGAAAACUAUUUCCAUAUUUCAGUGUAAAUUAAAAUAUAAACUCAUUAAAAUUGCAUGCAACUCUUGCUGGCCUUGUGAGAGGUAUAAUAAAUAAACAUUUGAUUUUUAUUAAGAUCUUAAAGUGGGAGAUUGUCUCAGUACAUGGAAGUAAAAAUAGAUUUAAUGACAGAAGGCAUUAUCUAUCGUUUGUGUAGAAUAUGAUUAAUUUCAUCCUUAUUGUUUCUAAUAGAAAGUCACAAUAGUUAGUCUUGUGGUAAAAAUGUGUCACAAAUUUUAUUUCCGAUUGGGAAUUUAUAGAUCUGUACAAUCCUUUCCCUAGUAUCUUUACCUGAUGGCAGCUGUAUUGCUGGGGUGUGUGGAGGCAGAGGAAAAUCUGCUGCUUGCAAAUGUAUUUCACUAGAAUGCAAAUUUUCACACUAUAAGUAGGUAGACAGAUAGCAUGAGACUGUUUUUAGAGGUUUUGUUUUCAAUCAAGCAGCAUAUAAAUUCUGUUAAAUAAAAAUAAAAUAAAAUGUAGUUUUGCCUUCAAGAAACCUUUAUAAAGCUGCUUAAUUCAGCAGCUCAUCUUCCAGAUACAUAGGCAUGGGCAUUACUCAAUCUGCUGGUCCGCGCCCCCCCCCCCCAGGAAAUAGAUAAAAUCUAACACCGUUAGCCAAAAUUUAAGUUAUUAGUGACAUGGAGAUACUGCUGAAUAUGACAUCUCCUUUAAAUAAUCUGCCCUCUUUGUCCUUCAGUUGUGUAGCAAGUCAUGUCAUGACAUACUCUUGCUGUAAAUUUGCUUAACAGCCGCCACCAAUAAUAUUGGUUAGGGAUGGACACACAACAUACAAUGUGAUGACAUCACAAUAUGGAUAAAUGUUGUUGUACAUUAUGAAAUGCUGCUUAAAAAAAUAAUAACAAUAAUAACAACAAAUUAUUAACAACCCAAAAGUGCAGUAGCAGGGUAUUACAUCAUGGUAUAUAGAAAGCAAAAGAAGCAAUAAAUAGUAAGAAAAGGAAAUGGUAAGAAACUAAUAUAACUCAAGUCAUCCAUAUGUCCUGAGCUGAUGUAGAUGGUGAAUCUUGAUCAUCAAGGUCCAAAGCAUAAGAAAGAAAAUCCCACUAGAUGGCAUAGAAAUGUUCUGGAUCCUCCAACCCCCAGGAAACUUGUAAUUGAUGUGUUCUUCCUUUCCCCCCACCUUAGCCAAAUUCCAUAGGUUCUUAUAUCACACAUCCCUAUGCUACCUGUAAAAAGUUCAGCGCUGAGUGAUAAGGAGACCGAAGCAUUGCAAACUAGUUUUAGGACACAGCAUCUUUCCAGUGAUUUCAUGGCAGAGGAAGGUGGAUAUCUCCUGAUAGACAAAGAUGAUGUGUGUGUGUGUGUAUGUCACAUAGAGUUUCUGGUAUUUGUUUGCUUGUUUUCUUUAAAGAAAAAACAAAAACAAAACCUAUUCAUACUCCUGUGCCAGUUACUUAUCUGUGCUACACAAGGCCUUCUGUUGCCUUAAUUUGUUCUAUCUGCAGUACCAGAUCGGACAGAGUUAGUACAUAAUGUUUAUGUUUUGUAUUAUUUGUGAAAAGAACUGAAGCAUCUGAGUAGAUGAAGCAGUCAAAACAAAAUGUUUUAUUUUUGUUUCAUUGUGAAUUAUUCCAUUGCAAACCAGUUCUUGCAGUUUCAGCCUUGGAAACUUUGCACACUGUUCCCUGCUUAAAGUGACACAUCUUCCCUUGAGUAAGCCUUGGUAUUAAUUUAGAUGGUUAUGAAUCCUUGAUAAUUUUGAGGUAAGGACAUCUUUAUGUACCCUUCUGGCCUCCGUUUCAGGCAGAUGGGUGCAUUGCUUCUUGAAAUAACUUUCAUCACUAGAAAAUACUAUUCUAUUAGUGGAAUAUGGUUAACUAACCAUUUUACAAUAUGGUUAAAGAGAUUACAAAUGGACCCCCCCCCCCCAAUAAUUGCUUGUCCUUUAACUUGGACUACCUGUGAAGAAAGGAACAAUAACAUUUUAGAGUAGUCUUGUUAAUUUUCUUGCAGUGUUUUAGAACUGCAUUAGAUCAGUUUAAAAAUCAAAAGGGUUAAAAAAAUGAUCUUCACUUGGGGUGAAAAAGUUUCUGAGACUAAUACUAUUACUGUAGUAAAAAAUUAACAAAAACUUAAGCACUUUGACUUCUUGGUUUCACAAGGGUUGAAAUGAUGCCAUUGAAACCAGACUCUGCUGCCUGGACUUUUGAAAUGGGUGUUAUGCUUUUUUAAUAAGUGUAACUCUGUAGUGUUCAGUAUCUCCUUAAUUUCUAGGAGAAUGAGCCCUUUACACUUUUGUUGGCUUUUUAAUGGAAACCCACAUUGCCUACGGAAUUUUACAAUGUUUAAGACCAGUUUUUAAAAGCACAACUAUUGCCUUUGUUUUGUUUUAUGGGGAGCAUAGGGUGGCGGUAAAUGGGUGUGUGCUGAAGGGAAGGGGAAACUGGGUACUGAAAUUGUGGCUUUCUGGCACUAACGCAAAUCCCGUCUGUAUUUAAAUGCUGUCCCCAGGUUACGACUAUGGCUAUAUCUGCGUGGAGUUUUCCCUCUUGGAAGAGGCCAUCGCCUGCAUGGAAGCCAACCAGGUUGCUUUACACUUCGGUCGAAAAUGCUGCUAGAAGAAUAUUUUUGUGGGGAGGGUUGACACCUAGUGAUUUUUUAAAAAAUAAAGAUUCAGAGAAAGUCUUCCCCCCCAAAAAACUGUACAGCGUAACAGCCAAUAUGCUGAUGUAUUGCAGAAAUCUGGAGAGGCUUAAUGUUCCACAGAAAGAACUUAAGUUCAUUUUUUUCCUAAAUAGUCUGCCUCUCAAGUUGUGCCUGGUUCGCAGGCUUGAUAGUUUUCAAGUGUGGUAGUUAAGGAAAGGUUUCCAGUUCUGGUGGUUGUUCUUAUGAGCUUGUAUAUGUGGUAGAUUUCAAGUGACAGUAGCUAAACUGCUAAUGUCAGAUGUUUCACUUUCUUGAUUGUACAGUAAAAUGAAAAUCUGUACUUCCUCUAAGCAAAAUAGUUAUGUUUGAAUAUGCUCUUGGGAGUGCAGACUCACACACACCCCUCUACGUGUAUUCAUGGGCUAGACCACUAAUAUGCAGCUCUGAGUGAAAAAUCCAAUUUGCAUGCCUCAUUUGUCUAUGUUUUUUCAUCUGGUUGGAGGGGCGGGCUUUGUCUGUUUCCUUGAGUAUUCAUAUUUAUAUUUUUAUGCAAGUUGGAGCUGCAUAAGAGAAGUCUGGCCUGUUCCAGCUGCACCUGGUUAAUCUGAAUGUCUUAACAUUUUCUUAGAAAUAGAAAGUCGCUAGCAUAGCUCCAAAUUAUAUCUUUGGCUAGGUAUAUAUGUAUAGUGCUAUAAGUAAAAAGUAGUCAAUUAUAGCAGAAAAUGGAUCUUACAAUAAUACCCAUGGCUUGGAAAUUUUAGAAAAUAAGCUCUAUGUUUCCCCCCACUUUUAAGAAAUUGAUCAAAUUCUCAGCUAUUUUUACAUAGUAAAUUCUUACUUGUUGUUACUCAGUUCUUCAUAUCCAGCUUGAGAAAUGUCUUCCAGUUUCUGGCUCCUACGAUUCUAGAAGUGAUUUUCUCACAAAAAUAAUGUAAGCUGGAAACACUGUGUCCUUGGUAAUCUCAGUGAACAGAUUGAUGCUAAAUGUGAUGAUUUAUACCCAGUAAUUUGAGAAAUGAAAUUUAGGAAUCCUCGCCACGAAUCUGUUCUCAUAACAUAAUUAUCAGAUAUAAUGACCAGAGUGUUUUCCUGUUCCAACAGCUGUCAGGUACCUGUUUAUACAUAUUAAAGUAAAGCAGCCAUUUGAAUGUUGUAGUUAUUUUCUGACAGCAUCCUAUUUUUGUACAAUCUAUGGAUUGUCCUUCUAGAUAUUGUCAUUGCCCAUCCUUUUUUUGUUUACUGUCCCCCUGUAGCUCAAAAACUCAGGGCUGUACUAUAUAUAAGCCUGAUUAUAACUCAGAAUAUGAAUUUGCUUUCCUUCUUCAAAAUUGGCUUAACCAAUAAGGAAGAUGAUACUUCAUUAUUAUUGACCAUUUAUAAGUCACUUUGUACAAUAAAAAGUCUCAAAGUGACUUGGCAAUGUAAAACAUAACAUACAUAAGCUCUGUAGUUCUUGGUAGGGGGGUUGUUUCUUAACUCUUUCAGAUGUUCCAUAAAUUCUCAAUCACGACUGAAUUUGAAAUAUUACUUUGGAAUAAGAAUUCCUUAUACCUUUAGCAGCAUUUCAUAGCUGCUGUUCCAGUAGUUUGUCUGCAGCUUUAUUCUCUUCUUCUUAUUUGCAUUUAUACCAUUACAUAGUUCAUCCUAUUCUGGACAGAUAACAGAAGAUAACUACCCCAAAAGAGGAAGUGAUGGCAACAAAUUUGGAUGACAUUAGAAAAAGAUUAGACAAAUUCAAGGAGGAUAAGGCUAUCAAUAGUUACUAGAUACAAUGGCUGUGUUAACCCAACUACCUGAGGCAAUAUACCUCUGAAUGCCAGUUAGUGAAAGUGAUAAGUGGGGAAAGUGCUGUUUGGAUCAGGUUCGACUUGCAGGCUUCCCACAGAGAUCUGAUUAGCUGUCUUGGUAGCAUAGUUUAGAUUUGUGUUAAAUAUGAUUGGCAUUUACCACAGUGCUGCCCACCAACAAGGUUGUAUUUUCAAAACCUACAUGUCUCUUUCACCAGUGGCCUGGAAACAGUUUCCCUGUUUCUUCUUCAUCUCACUUAAGCUGCAGCAACCUCAGAUGUUGUUUCCAGUAGCCGUACAGCCACAAACAGGUUUCCCACCAUUAAAGCUUCUUACUCCGCAGAGAGUCCCAAAUUAAUCUGAGCAGUGGCUCUUGUGUACACAUGGCUCAAAAAAGCACUGGCACAAGGGUAACCGUCAAACAUAAGCAGAGGGCAUACUGCAGAGCCCCUUCUCUUCCUUUGGAUCAACUUUUGAUUUAUAAUGUUUGGAUGCUUUCUGACUCAGGAUUGACCAGGUUCAGCUUCUGCCUGUUCAUGAACUGUAGAGUUUGUGUGUGUGGGUGUGUGCUCUAUAUCAGGGCAGAAUUUCUCUUUGACGUAUUGUACAUGAAGACCCCUCACUCUCAAAAAGCUACUUUUUGUAGGAAGUAUGCCUGAUGUACUGUCUUCUGCCAGUUUGGACUGCUGUAGCCAAGCCAGUUAAAAUAUGUGGGGGGUUUUAAUGUACCGGAAAAGUUUUAGAACCUCUCCUAUUCAGAUACAGAGAAAAGCCCAGAAAUUUAUUCAGUGUCUGGCCAUAUCGGUGAAGGCACCCAGGCGACAGGAGCAGGGGGCUACUAAGCAGGAUCUGUUGAUGAUGAUGAAAUCCACAGGGUUACUGUUGUCCUUGUCACCAGAGGGAUUUAUUUGGCAUUCCAGGCACUCUUGUUGCUGCAAGUGCAUUGCCAUUUAAUUCAGGGUAGAGAAAUGAGUAAAGCAAACGAUAAUUGAAUGUGUCUCCUGUUCUCACUGAUAGAACACCCACUGUGUGAUAUUUGUAAAAUUUUAAUACCAUGACUUUCAUGGUGGUCUGUUGUCAGUUGUCUUGCCAUUUGGUUUUGACAUCACUUUCUCUGCUAGUAUGUUGCUGCUGUCCAUUUGGGGUGAGAUGCCUUUUUAGGUAGGGAAGAGGUGGAUAAAGUAAUGUGUCUUAUCUAGUUUGCAUCGCCUGCAUACACAAAGCUGAAUUGUUAUCUCACUACCAAAAUGACUUCAGAGUUAAUGAACUGGCUCCUUCUUCAGACAACAGCCUUGAAAAGGAAAGAAUUUAGCAUUUCUUCUUAAUAGAAAAUUACUGAGUAUGCCUUUUUUUUAAUUGAAGAAUUCAAUUAUUUCAAAAGGUUAUUUCAUUUUGAGGACAUGUUUAGCUCCCUGUGUGGGAUGGAGGGAGCAACCUGUAUUACUUUUCAAAAUCUCAGCUAUCCAGGGUAUUCAUGCGCUUUUAUUCUUUAUAGUCACCAGGAGCCGAGGAAGAUUAAAAUGCUGCCAGUUCUGCCUUGUCUUGGUUCCUAUUCUAAAAUAGCCAAUGUCUGUCAUUUAUUUUAAGCAUAGAUUACCUGUGAUUGAAAACUGAAGAAUAUUUGUAUUAGAUGAUGGCAUUAGUAUAGUUGUCGUGAUACUGUUGCCAGUCAGUGAAACAACUGAGCUGACACAAGGUUGUGUUACAAGGUUUAUUUGCUAUGCCUGAGUUGGGUGAUCCAUUUCAAGUUAGUUAUAGCCCUUGUAAUACAAAGGAUAUAAAUUCCAUAAACCAAAUUGAUAAGUGUGUUCAAUUUCUCACAGUUGUUAAGUAGCUGUAAGCACAGGCAGAUCUUUCUCUUACCAUUUUCUGGAUCAUUGAUAAAUCAUUAGAAUGAGCUGGAUAAGGAACUGUAGAAGAACCACAAAAUAUGUUCUCUUAUCUUUCCUGUGAGGCCUGAUUCAUGUUAAGUUUGAAGCCCUUUGCCAACAGUGGUUCUUAACUGUGGUCCAUGAACCACUGAUGGUGUGCGGGCAAUUUAAGUCAAUUUAGAGCAUUGACUUAAGGAUGAAACAUUGAGGCCAGCAGCUCAUCUAUGAUACGUUUGACCAGUUGUGACAUAAAAGGAAGUGAACUUUAUUGGGAAGAAAGGUUGGUGAAGUUUGUGGCUGCAAUUCUUGCAGUUCUUCUUUUGUUAUGUGCAGUCUGUGGCACAUUCACUUGUUAGCUGCAGUAUCCAGCAGCGGUUUUGCACUAGCAGAAAGCACAUGAUUGUGUAUAGUGGGGUACAUUAUCUUUUUGGGAUUGAUCCUGCCAGCUCCACUCCAUGCCUUCUAUGCUGCUCCUAAAGGUUGGGGAACUCUCUUGAAAACGUGGGAUAUGGCAUGGAAGGCUGUCGUGGGGAGGAGGAAAUACUAAAAACUGGAUGGCUCAACUUGCAUGAGCAGAAGCGCUUUCCACUAGUACAAGGCACCAUAAGUUACAGCCCAAUAUCUUUUUCCAGUAAAGAGCUUCAUUUGUGUGCAUCUGAGGUCUCAGACUGAGCAUUUAUUUGGGUAUCCUUGUGAUAUCUAUGGACCUACUGUGGAAAACAGUGUGAGACGACAAGUUGCUCCUGCAGCUAAUUUUGUUGGCACCAAGUGGCUAGGAUUUCUCAAUGGGAACUCCAUUGUGCAGACAAUCCCCAGCCAUAGCAGGGCUAAGUGGUUCACCUGAUGCCAUGGUGAUGAGGUAUGAUUGACAGGUGGGCAGCCUCAUCCACUGGUAAAAAUGGUCUUCAGGAUGGGAUCUCAGAAUGCAGCUUGUCCCGUCUUACAACAUCUCCAUUAGCUACCAUGUAAGCACAGCCCCUGACAUCAUCUGAAGAUGGCCCAUUCUUCCACCCCCACCAGUUCCUUUCUUGCUUUUUGUUCCUUCCCCAGUGGCAGUUAGGAUUAGGAAUUCUAAUCUGAGAUAGCCAUGGUGAAAAUUGAAGCAGGGCAGUGGUUAUUCUGGGCUAGUUAAUCCAAAACAGUUUUUUCUCAGGCUCUGUCAGUUAUUUGCUCCGGCUCGCUCACUACUAUCAUGUACCUUCCUUCUUAAAUAACAGAUUUACUCCUGAGGGAGUGCACCCUCCACAAGGAAAAGAUAGGACCUUGAGGGCUUUAGUUAAUACAGUGGUACCUCAGGUUAAGAACUUAAUUCGUUCUGGAGGUCUGUUCUUAACCUGAAACUGUUCUUAACCUGAGGUACCACUUUAGCUAAUGGGGUCUCCCGCUGCCGCUCCACCACCGAAGCAUGAUUUCUGUUCUCAUCCUGAGGCAAAGUUAUUAAUCCAAGGUACUAUUUCUGGGUUAGCGGAGUCUGUAACCUGAAGUGUCUGUAACCCGAGGUACCACUGUACAAUCAACCUGAAUUGAGCUGAGAAACAAGUUUGUAACGGGGGGCGGGACUAAGACCAGGAUAUUUUAAGUGUCAUACUCUCCUGCCUGAGUGUUAAAGACACAGUGAAAAGCACUUGUCUGUAUAUCCCACUGCUAUCAGAGGUACGGUAGGUGAGCAGCGGAGAUAGGGCCUUCUUUCUGGUAGUGCCUAGAUGGUUGAAUGCUGUCCCUGGUGAAAGCUCUGGACUCCUUCCCUACAGGUCCACAGCUAAGGCCAUUUCCCCCCCACUAACCUUUUAAUCUUUGACUAUUGUGUCCUAUUAAUGUGGCUACUUAUAUUCUUUUAUAUUUUGCGGUGGUUUCAUUGUUUUAAAGCUACCUUUUGACAGUGUUGUAUAUAGCAUGGAAAAACAGGACAUAAAUAUAAUUGAAUUUUUAAAAAAUGUCACUAGGGUCAAAUACGUGAGAAGUUGGCAUAAUACAAGUUGGACAAUGUUAGGAGAAUUGCAUGAGAAAAAUAUUUGCCUUUUGCUUUCAUCUAUGUGUAAAUACUUUGGCGAUCGUAUCUUUGCAUAAUUGGAUUGCGUGUGCUGGCAAUAUUGUGUUGCAUAUUUUGCCUCUGUACAAAGGGCGAGUCGUUUGAUUAACCAAGAGAUUACAACAGUCCUUUCCAUGUAGCUUUUACACUUCUGUCUUCUUUAGUCACUCUUGUUAUUCUUUCGGCAGUCGUUUUUGUAAAGCAAAAUCUCAUAUCAAUAUAGGAUCCUGCUGAGAUUGCACUAAAAAGGCUUUCUGUCCUCUUCCUCUGGUUAGGGGAACCUCUUAUUGCUGUGGGAUUUGGAAGAGGUGUCCACGCUGUACAGUGGUACCUCGGGUUAAGUACUUAAUUUGUUCUGGAGGUCUGUUCUUAACCUGAAACUGUUCUUAACCUGAAGCACCACUUUAGCUAAUGGGGCCUCUUGCUGCUGCUGCGCCACCGGUGCACGAUUUCUGUUCUCAUCCUGAAGCAAAGUUCUUAACCCGAGGUACUAUUUCUGGGUUAGCGGAGUCUGUAACCUGAUGCGUAUGUAACCUGAAGAGUACGUAACCUGAGGUACCACUGUAGUAAUAUGACCACUAAAUAGUGACCAUAUUCAUCUGUAAUGCUAAAACAAAAACACAAACUAAUACAGUAGCCCCCUCCGACAACACAGUUAAAAGGACAUUGAAUGUUAACCAGCCAAAGGCCUGUUUAAAGAGAAAUGUUUUUGCCUGGCAUCUAAAAAUAUAUAAUGAAGGUGCCAGGCGAGCCUCCUUGAGGAGAGCAUUCCACAAACUGGAAAGCCACUGCAGAAAAGGUCUGUUCUUGUGCUGCCACUCUCUGGACCUCUCCACUCUCGUGGAAGAGGCACAUGAAGAAGGGCAUCAGAUGAUGAUCACAGGGUCUGGGUCAGUUUAUAUGAGGAGAGGCUGUCCUUGAGGUAUUGCAGUCCUCAGACAUUGAGCCAGUGUGGUGUAGUGGUUAAGAGCAGUAGUCUCGUAAUCUGGGGAACCGGGUUCGCGUCUCCGCUCCUCCACAUGCAGCUGCUGGGUGACCUUGGGCCAGUCACACUUCUUUGAAGUCUCUCAGCCCCACUCACCUCACAGAGUGUUUGUUGUGGGGGAGGAAGGGAAAGGAGAUUGUUAGCCGCUUUGAGACUCCUUAGGGUAGUGAUAAAGCGGGAUAUCAAAUCCAAACUACUCCUCCUCCUCCUCCUCCUCCUCCUUCUUCUUCUUCUUCUUCUUCUUCUUCUUCUUCUUCUUCUUCUUCUCCUCCUCCUCCUCCUCCUCCUCCUCCUCAGACAUUUAAGGCUUUAUAGGUCAAAACCAGCACUUUGAAUUGGGCCCAUAAACUAAUUGGCAGCCAAUGCAGUUGGGCCAGGAUUGUCGCAAUAUGCUCAAAUGGACUUGCCCUCGUGAGCACCCUGGCCACUGAAUUCUGCACCAGCUGGACUUUCUGAACAGUCUUCAGAGGCAGCUCCUUGUAUAAAACAUUGUAGUAAUCUCUUUGAAACACAGCAUUUUGGCGAGGGGGAGGAAUGAGUUGUGCAUUGGGUAGUGGCAUGGUGGUGAGUGUGUGCUGUUUGUGUGGUUUGUAUGUGUGUAGCAUGUUCUCUGUAUACAUUGACCAUGCCAGUCACUGGUAUGUGACCCUUAGAGGGGUGGCCUAUGUCAGUGUGGUCACUGGGCUGAAGAAGGUUCACAAACCCUGACUGAUAGGCAUCACCGUGCAACCCGGUUAUCUAUGCCGUUCUCUGAACCUGCCACCCUAAGUAGGAGUGGAACCAUGGUAAAAUACUAUCCCCAACUCUGGAGACACUCUAGUCCAGGCUUUCUCAACCUUGGAUCCCCAGAUGUUGUUGGACUACAACUCCAAUCAUUCCUAGCCAGGAGGACCAAUGGUCAAGGAUGGUGGGAGUUGUAGUCCACUAACAUCUGGGGACCCAAGGUUGAGAAAGGCUGCUCUAGUCAGAUGCCAUGGUCAAUGCUAUCAAAAGCCACUGAGAGAUCAAGCAAGAACAAGAGGGUUGUGCUUCCCUUAUACCUCUCCCACCAGAAGUGGUAUUUCUGACUAAGGGACAAUUCUCAACUUGCUCAGAGUCCAAGUAAGGGUUUGUAGGAAAAGUCACACUACUGCCCCCUUCAGGGCAUUAGGCACCACCCUCUGGCUCAAAGAAACAUGAAUGAUUUUCUUCCCAUGUAAUAUACGUGGCAUUAAAGUGCAUGCUUCUAAGCCUUAUUUGUACUACAGCAUGACUGGACAUGCUGUUUGCCCUUGGCACACACUAAGUCAAGUAGUAAGAAGCUAAUCUCUUGGAGAAAUGCUCUGAAGGAUUCUUGUACCUCCUCUUUGGGGUACUGGAGUAAUGACCAGGUUUGCUCCAGGGUAACAGCUGCAUGGGUCAGCCUGCUAUGCUGCAACUUACAAAAAACAUUUCUGGUUGAAAUCAUCCUUUCAUACCUUAUAUAAAAGAAUGAAGCCCUGCUUCUGAUGAUACAGGAAUGUAUUUUUGUUAUUGCCAGAAUGAGAGAGUAUGAAAACCCUUUCCUGUCUUGACAGAACAUCAACUAAGACCAUACUUAAGACACAGAAUGGCAGUGUCCAAGGGACGUCCCAUCAUAUUGGAAGUUUUGUGAAUUUGAUGUCCCCCUCCCUUUAAAUUCGUUAUUCAAUAAGUGCAAAAACCAAGCAAUAUGCAAAUCACCAGCAGUGAAUGUCAGGGUGCAGACUGGUCAUUGUUCACCAUCUUAUAUGGUUAUCUUAGCUUCACUUGACAAUGCUAACAUAUAUAGACUAAGUGUUUGUGUACUGUGAAGUAUUGGCAUAGCUUCUCAUAAAACUUUAUUCACUUCUUACAAAGAAGGUUGUUGGCCUUCCCUGGCCCAUUCAUCUGAGUGCUGUCUUUGAUAACUUUCCCUGCCUUAAAGUAGGAUGUCACAACUAUGCAUGGAACUUUCAUAAUGCAAGCCUGUUAAUAAAUAAAGGACACAGUUGUGAGAACUGAAUGUACAGUUGCUUCCCUCAGGCCAAAACAAUGCAUUGCAGUGAAGCAGAAAAAUAGCCCUGUGUACAGUUCCUCGUGUGCAGAUUGAUAGUACAUAAGCAGUGUGCAGGGGACUCUUCUUGUCCUCCUAAAGGAACUAGUAGCUCUUGAAGGCUUGGAGGUGAUGAUAAUAGAUCUACUGUUGAGGCGGAGGUUGUAGCCAUGAAGAUGAUUAAGUUCUUAUACAGUGGAAUCUCGGGUUGCGAACAUGAUCCGUGUGGGAUGCACAUUCGCAACCCGCAGCGUUCGCAACCCACGUCUGCGCAUGUGCGGGUUGCGAUUCGGUGCUUCUGCGCAUGCACAAAGCGCGACCGCCAAACCCUGGAAGUAACCCAUUCCGGUACUUCUGGGUUUCGGCGGUCCGCAACCUGAAAAAACGCAACCUGAAGCGUCUGUAACCCGAGGUAUGACUCUAUAUGUUUAAGACUAUUCUGUUGUAUUUCACAUAUAGGUUGGAACAUUCUUAAACAAUAUCAUGUCAUUUUGUAGCUUAUUCAUUGACUCCUUAAACUCUAUGCAACUUGUGCCAUAGGAAAAAAUGUGCUUCUUAGAAAAUCUUAGUGAAAGCAAGGACUUCAAGUGUGGAGACAUUUCAGUUUUUUAUAGAUCACUUUUAUUUUGUGUUUGGCAUUCAUGGUGAAGAGUCCCUUCCUAUCCUUUUUAUGACAUGCUGUAACGUAUUAGAAGAACCUUGGCAGAUUUCCCAUAGCAUUGUUUUCUUUCACAAUUUAGAAGACACAGCACAGGAUGUCUUUCUGUCAAGUCAAGUUGCUUUCUUGAGACAUUUCAUCCAGGCUGUUCCUUUUCUGUGCUUUCUGUGCUGGCAGAGAAAUGAAUAUUUGAGUAGCUGCGAUAGUUCAUAUACAGCUAUCCUGUUGAGACUGUCCUUCCAUGGUUGGACUGAAAAUUAGUGUGCAUUCUGAUUGCCUGAUUGAGCUUUUCACAAGAAUCUGUCUGGUGAUGAAAUGCGUGGUGUAAACAUGCCUAGUGAAACAACUGAAGAAAAACUUUGCUCCUGCUGCAGCUCAUUUUUACUGUGUAUUGGUUGUAGUCAAGGGAUUGUUUGGGCUGUUAGGAGUCCAGUGGAUCCUGGCUUUUUUUGUUUAAUUUACUGGCAUGGUUAAAGGAAUUAAAAUCAUACAUGGCUCCAAGUAGCAGUGAGCUACAUGGUAGCAAUCCAUGACAGAAAGUGUACAUCUACAGAAACUACUCACUGGCUGCAAUCAUGCAGCAUAUUACAGAAAGGAGCUUGCAGGGUCAUAUCCAGAUUACCCAUGGGAUUCCGGACAAUAUCAACUUUCCUGUAGCAAGAAGCGAGCGAGUCCUCUUUGCUGUAGAGGUAAGUUUGAAUUACCCUCAUUGACUAAGUAAAUCCUAUAUAGGAAUGAUGCAAGGGUAAUAGCAGGAAUCUAAAGGGCCAUGUGUAACCUUCUGGGCAGGGCUUUCUAGCCUUCUGCCUUUAGCAUUUAGGAUUCUGGAUAGCUCAGUUGGUUAAAGCGUGGUGCUGAUAACGCCAAGGUUGCAGGUUUGAUUCCUGUAUGGGACAGCUGCAUACUGUAUUCCUGCAUUGCAGGGAGUUGGAAUAGAUGAUCCUCAUGGACCUUUCCAACUCUACAGUUCUGUGAUUCUACUAUCUUUGUGUCCCUCAAAAGCUACCCUGAAUGUCAGAAUACCUUCUCAAGCAGAUUUCCAUGAAGUGUAAAAGCCAACCAUUCUGCUGACGUUGUUGGAUGCUAGCCAAAAUAUUUAGGUGCUAUAACUCACAUGUGGGCAACUUGCCGAUUGCAAGUUGGAACCUUUCGGAGUGUCCUAUGUUGGGGCCUGAGUCACUCCCACUGCCAAAUUCUUAAUGCAAAUCAUGCUGUCCUCUCCCAGCUCAACAAAUAGGAGUGUGUUUGUGGUGUGGAGAACUGGGUGGGAACUUGUCUUUCCAUGUAAAUUGUGCUCUCCUCAGCCCAUCAUACAGCUGUUAGGUGGACUGAGGGUUGUGUGGGUGUAAAUGGAUGUGUGUAACUGUGAUGGGGUAGCUGUGUAUGUGUGAAUAAGCAUAAUUGUGAUGGGGUAUGUGUGGCCCUGCCCACUGCCUUUUCUCACCCCAUCUGCAGGCACAUGGCUACUGGCCACCUAGUUAUCUUUGGAGAGAAAUAGCAUGCUCCACAGCCUUUGUGCUUGGAGGGAUUACUAGUGCUGCUUCUAUCCUCCCCUUUUCAUUUGGCAAGUAAACAAAGCGGCUUACAAAAGUUUUUAAAUAUGCAAUAAAAUAUACACUGUAUGCAAAAUCUAAAAAAUAAAAUCAUAUAGUUUAAAACCAAUUAGCCAGAUUAAGAACCAGAGAUAGCAAACUUGAAGACUAAAUGAAACAGUAGAAGCACGCUGAAAUCAGAGGUCUUCAGCCACCUUGAAAAUGUGUGUCCGGUGUAUGGGGAAUGUUUAGAAGUUCCAGGUACUUCUACUUCAGUGCUCUCCACAAUUCCUUUCUAUUUUGUCACAAGCUGAAUAAACUGUGGAAAGUAAGCACCACAAACAGUCUUGCAUUCAAGAUAGUGAUACACAGUGCUAUCUGGUGAAAUCCAGUUUGGGCUCUGAGAAUUAUCAACACUCAUUGUAGUUGGAUCUAGACUUCUGUUUGUGGAAGGACCAAGCUCCAGCAGAGGGUACCGCUGAAGGGAAGGGGGAGCAGAGAAAGUGAUUUUUUGGCAUAUUCUUUUGCAGUUCUACACUGUUAGAGGGGGUCUUACAACUCUCCCGAGUAUGAUUACCAGAUGUUUCCGGUUCCCGGGGACAGCCCCCGGAUUUACCAAUCUAUCCCCAGACAAAAUCCAUCCGCUGAAUGCCCCCGGAUUUAAUGUAAUGUCCCUGGAUUAAUCAUAUGCCUGGGGACUUCCAGACCCUCCCCAGAGCCGAAAGCAAUCAUCCGCUACCGUUCCAGACAGCGUCUCCUCGGGAGCUGGAGGUGCAGCUGGGCUUUGCUGCAACUCUCCUGCCUUUCAGCUGAUGCACGAAAAGAAACCUCCCUCUUCAUCAGCUCUGCAAACAGCCCUGCUCCUCCUGCUUGCUUGCUUGAGCCGGAGAGGCAAGGCUGCUCUUUGGAGAGGCAGAGCUGAGGUGCAGGGAAGAAGCCUCCCUGCAUGACAUCUCUGCAAGCUACCCUGUCUCUCCUGCUUGCUCAUGAGGAAGAAGGAGCACUUUUCCAUGCCUUUAAAGCCCCCUUUGCUGCAUUCUGCCUGCUUGUGAGCUGAGCUACCAAGCUGGCAGAAAGCAGGAUGCUGCCUUAAGCCUUCCCUUCGCUCUCCCAGACAGAGGCUGUUGCUUCAUAGUUAAGGGUGGUGGUGGUGGAAAUUGUCUUGCCUCUUUUGCUCCAUUCUGCAUGUUUGUUUGUGAGCUACUGCCUUCCCUCCCCUCUCUCUGUGUUAUUGUCUGUCUCCCCAUUUUUUCCUCCUUACCCAUAAACUCUUCCCAAUUCUCCCUUUGUCUUCUCACACAUUUGGUUCCCCAACCCUAUAUAUCAUUAUGUGCUGCUGCUUCAUUUUUCUUCCCUUGCACCCACCCCCACUAGCAAAAAAUAAAAGGUGAGGAAUGUUUUAUGUUUAUUUUGGGGGUGUUUAUUUUGGUUCCCCCUGAACAGCUUUCCCGUUCCCUUCUUAUUAAAAAAUGAACCUUAAAAAAAUUAAAAUGAACCUGUAAAAAAAUUAAAAGAGGCUACCUCUGCUUGCUUGCCUCCCUCCCCUUCCCUUUGAUAAAAAGGGAGAGAUUGGUGGGAUGGGGCUUGGAGGGGUGUACCUUCUGUGUCACGAUAGGUGUAAAUGGAGCAGGGAAGCCUUAUGUUCUUUUAAGCUGUGGCUGCUCUUGUUGAGGUACCUCCAUUGCAGGGGGUUGGCCUAGAUGCCCCUCAGAGGUCCUUUCCAAAUCUGUGAUUCUGUGAUCAUCCCACAGUCGUUUUCUCAAACUCCACUGGUGCCUGUGCAGGAGACACCUGUGCGGGCAGAGCAGGAGGAGGAAGGGGUUUAUGCUAAUGCUUACUCCUGAGUAAGCCUGUAGGGGAUUGUAGUGCAAGGAGGGAGAGGGAGGGAGUGGAAGCACAGCUAGCCCUCCAAGAAAGCAGGCCGGGACCCAGAAGAAGGCAGCACAACAGAAGAGAUCACAGAAGAGACGUUAUUACUUCUUAAUUUGUAAAAAAAACCAAAACUUUACACACACAGUUUGUUUGUUUGUUUGUUUGUUUGUUUGUUUGUUUAAAGUGUCCCUGGAUUCAUUGAAAAAAAUCUGGUAACCUUGCUCCUGAGUAGCUUUUCCAUGGACAGGGGGAAUGAGUGCCUCCCCACCUCUGAACAGAGGAGUCUCAUGGAUGGAGUUCUGCCAACACAUAUUUGUUCAUUUCACUGGUGCCGGCUUGCGCCUGCAUUUCAUAAAAGUUAUUGCUGUCAUCUUUGUCUAUUCCUGGAUUUUUAUCUCAUGGAUCCAAGUAACCUACAUCUGGGAUCUCCUUAAUCACAAGAAUAUUAAGGACUGUUUUUAAAAGACCAGUUUGAAAGCUCAUGGUCCAAUGGUGGGUACAUGUUGUGGGUUAGAUCUAGUUGUUCAUUGGGGUUCUGAAAAGAAGUAAUGGUCAGGCCUUUUCCUUGGCUACAACAAUGAAGCAAGGGCAUAAAAUCCAAGUCCCUGUAGACGUUACUGUUUUUUUAAAGGGCAAACUAUUCACUGUGGUGUAAACCACUGAGCCUGGGCUUGCCGAUCGGAAGGUCAGCGGUUCAAAUCCCCGUGAUGGGGUGAGCUCCCAUUGUUCGGUCCCUGCUGCUGCCAACCUAGCAGUCCUAAAGCACGUCAAAGUGCAAGUAGAUGAAUAGGUACCGCCACAGCGGGAAGGUAAACAGUGUUUCCAUGCGCUGCUCUGGUUCGCCAGAAGUGGCUUAGUCCUGCUGGCCACAUGACCCGGGAAAACUGUCUGUGGACAAACGUCAAAUCCCACAGCCAGUAAAGCGAGAUGAGCGCCGCAACCCCAGAGUCGUUCGUGACUGGACUUAACUGUCAGGGGUCCUUUACCUUUUUUUUAUUAUUAUUUGGAGAUAAUGAGAAAACUUAAUCGUUUGAAAGACAAGUACAAAUGGAGACAAAUUCCAAAAGGGUAACUGUGUUGGUCUGUCACAACAAAAACAAAAUCAGGCGGAAGCUUAAACACUAACUUGUAUUUGUGGCCUAUCUUUUCAUAGGACAAAACCCACUCUUAGAUCCAUAAGUGGUAAUUUAAGGGGCCUGGUAUAUAGCAAGUUAUGCCAAGUUCAGAGAGGAGAAGGGGGGGAAAUGUGUGCAUUAAAAUGAAAGGUCAAAGAGUCAGUAGAAGUUGGUAUGUAACAGUACCCAGGAGAGUAGAAAUGGAAGAUUCAACCAGUGUGGUGACAUCCACUCAUGACUAACAGCCACUGGUGAUGAAAAGAUGUAGCAUGGUCACCAGUUUAAGUGGACACCUACGGAAGGGGAACUUUCUUUAAUGAGUAAGCUGUUCUUAGGAUUUGUACAGUCCAUCACAUGGCUAGAUCACUGCAGCAAAUAUUGUCCCUCUGUAGGUAUUUACUCACAACUGAUCUUGCUAUAUCUGUACAUCACUAGUGGGAAACGUGGAUCUUGUAAUAAUUUUAUUGGGUUCCAUGCAACCUGUACCAUGCAUAGGAGUGACACAUCCACCACUAUCUCUUCUGUAUUUUGUCCUAGCUUUGUUAAAACAAUGGCCACACAUUUCCCCCCUACUUUUCUUGGGCUCUGGUCUGGAAAAUAAGUAUGCCACAAUAAAUUUGUUACAUCUUUGAGAAGACCCUCUGUGGCAGGAAUGGUCAAGAUGAUGCCCUCUAUAUAUUUUUGGUCUUCAGUUCCCAACAUCACUCACCAUUGGUCAUGCUGGCUGUGGCUGUUGUGAGUUGUAGUCCUGUAACAUUUAGAGAGCACCACACCCUUGCACUAAGGAUUGUGUGAACAUGGGUGUUUGCAAUUGAGCAGGGCUUGCAAAAGAUGUAAGUGAAAUUCUAAAAAUACCAAUGAGAGCUCACAAAAGUUGUACCAAAUGUAACGGCAAGGAUUCCUGUAUAUAAUAUUCUUCCAGACUAUAGUUGACCAGUUCAAGUUAGCAAAAGAUGAAUAUUGCAUCUCAGAGAAAGCUGCUUUUUUCCGAGAGCACAAGGGACUAUUGGAGCUGCUAUGUACUUUGUCCUACAUUUUCCAUAGUUGCCAUAAGAUCUGGGCAAUGGCAAUAAAAUGAAAGCUCAUACUAGUAACAACUAGUUCAGCUGUGGCCUUUUGAUCCACAAAGGUCUAGUUUUAACAUGCAACACAAUUGAGUGAGUGCUCAUCUGUUGGUAGAGGCAUUAUUUUUGUUUAUUAAAAUAUUUAUAGUCUGCCCUUUGUGAAUGCAGAUACAAGGAUGGGGUACAGAACACAAAAUAAAAACCAACUAAUCAAAUUUAUAAAAUAGACAAGACAUAGUAAAAUACACCAUCAAAGAAAUAAAGCAACAAAUAGUUCUGCAACUGUAGAGACCCUAAGCUUAUCUUGUGACACCCUCCUCCCAUUAAAAAAGUUUCUUAAAAUUCUGUUACUGCUCAACCUGAGAGUGCUUUGUAAGUUAUCUCUCUGGAUUCUCCAAUAUGGUACUGUCACAUUUCCUUAAGUCUUCCUCAAGAACUAAUUCCCCAUAGUGGGCACUUUGGCCCCCAUUGAGUAUCUGAGUUUGGAACUUUAUCAUCUUAGGUUCAGAUUACAAUACUUGUUUCUAAGCCUCCUGUGACAAAAGGGAACCCCUUGAAUUAGAAGUUUAAAAGUUUGUUUUUAAAAUGAACCUAUGCGCAAUUUGGGAACAAACUCUGUAUUUUUGUGUUUUUGUUUUUAUUUAAAUUUGACCUUUUAGGUUGAACAUAUUUCCAAGGUGGCUUACAAACAGCAUUUUUUAAAAAGACCACCACCACAAACAAGGGGGUAUUCAGGUUUUAUUCAGAGCAGACCAAUUGAAAAUCAUUGUACCUACCUUAGUCAUGUUCAUUAAUUUCAGUGGUUCUGCCCUGAGUAAAACUUAGAUGAAUACCACCCAUUGACCAAACAAUAUUAGAAGUCAUCAGGAUCAUUACCACAAGGCAUUUGGGGUUGGAGAAGGCCUUCUCACAGGACAACGGAUUAGCCUUGGGAGUGGCCCAACUAGAGUAAGUCAUAAUGAGGUGGCCUUUUCCUGCUAUGUCUUCUUUCCUGUAAUAUCACAGAGCAGUGUAAGAGCAAGAGAGAUACAAAGCAGAGUUCACACUGCUAAAGAUCUGUGUGCCUUGGCAUGGUUAUCUUGGCUAAAUGAGGAACUGAUAAUAGUACAUACUGAAAAUACAAUGGUUCUUCAUUGACAAAGUGUUUGGGAGUAGCACUGUACAAGUUGAAAUUAGCGAACAUUCAAUCUUUUGGGGUUGGGUCUGAAGUCCAGGAACCUCUCCCUGCCCCAAUUUUCAAAUCUUUGCAAUUCUCUGUUAGGCUGAUCCUGUGUUUUGUCCUUUGACAGCCGUCUAAUUCCUAUCUGCAUGAUCACAGUAAGUGCUCUAUAAUGGUGUGCCCACAUAGUAUGGGGUGACUGAAAAUAGAAUCUAAAUUAGAAGAUGUUGACCUAUAAAUUCUAUUUUUUUUUAUACAUUUUGCUGUGAUUAAUGCCCUCUCUCCCAGGAGCCCCAAACUGUGGCUCCAUUUGUAACUUGUGUAUGUCUGCUGCUUCUCUGUAUGUGUCCAUGACUAAAUUUUAUUAUAGCAUGUGUGUUAAGAUUCCAUACCAGAACAGCAUGGAGAACCUUCCUCUGCUAUUAUGACUUUGGUGAUUUGCCUCUUCCCAAGCAUGACUUUGGCCAGCAUUUCAAACACUUCCUUGCACUUCUCAGAGUGCAAGCAAGAGAAAGUAGUGUUGGAAGUAUUCUUCAUUGGAGAGCAUUCUAGAAUAUGUAUAUUUGAGCCCUAUGUUUUUCAAGUGGUGUUCUUUUUUAAAAAAUCAUUUUUAUUGAUUUUCCAAUUAAAAACAUCCAAUUAAAUAUCCAGUCAUAAUACUUCAAUUAAGUGGUGUUCUGAUGAAACCUGGACUUCCUCAUUGAGAAGAAGAUAAUAAUGGCAUACAAGCUUGCUCACUAGAAGUUAUAUUCCCCUGUGAUGCGCAGCUAUCGGGAUGUGUGCAUUGGUGUCCUUUAAAAUGCACUGUUAUUUCACACAGGACCAUGAUGAGUAUUGGUAAACCUGGCAAGUGCUGCUUCUGAGCAAGAUGUGCAGGCUAAAACACACUCCAGAUUUUUCUGCAGCUGACAGAGAGUUUAAGGCAUAUGUUUGAGGGUUGCUCAGCAGGUGUUGAAGUGUAAAAUAUUUCCUGAAUUUACAUUCUUACACAUUUAUUUGGGAAUAAGUCCCAUUGAAUUCAAUUGGAAUGUUUCCAAAUUUUACCUUUUACAAAAAUGGAGAAGGCCCCAAAAUGGCUGAAAACAUAUUUGUAUUAGGGAGUGGCCAUAUGCAAAAUGGGAAAAUGUCUGAAAGCAAGUGCUAAAAUGCUAUUUUGGUUAUAAGGUGUUUAAAUAUUAAGGGUGGAAUCCAGUUGGUGCUCUUGUGCUCUCAGAAGGGCUUUUGAUCCAGUGGACCCAUCUGCUAAGAGAGGAAGAGGGGACACAGUUUUUGCCAGUGCCCCUGCAGCCCCCCAAAUUGGGUCUUCUAUUAGCAGAGGCUUUUGCUAGAUCAGAAGCCUUUCUGGGAACACCUAAGCAAUAAUUGCCUGCCCGUUUGCAGGAUGCUCUCCGCAGGGAAGCUUGCCUGGCACCAUCAUUAUAUAUCUUUAGGCACCAGGCAAAAACAUCUCUAUAACCAUGUCUUUAACUGUCUGUGAGCUUUUAGAAAUGGGUGGGAUGUAUUAAUGUAAAACGCUCUGCACUUGUAUCUGUAGGGAGCUUGGCUGUAAAUCAUUCUGGGUUGCCUUGGGCAAGAUAAAGUGACUAACAAAUUUUAACAACAGCAACAAGGAUGACUGGAUUGCACCCUGAGCUAUUAGUAAAUAUACUGCUUAAACAAACAAGUGUGAUACUUCUUUAAGACUGUAAUGCUUUUUUUUUUUUUUAAAGUUUCCUAUCACUGCCUUUUAAAAUUGCGGUGAAUGGGCAGACUAAUUAUCCAUCUUUUUGUAAGAGUGUCUCCAACACUGAAUAGCAGCUGCAGUUGCUUUAAAUCUCUAAUUGUUUUGGCAUUCAUGUGUGUGCUCUCCCAUCCAAUUCCCUCAAAGUCUUCCCUGUGUGAGUAAAAGAGCUUCCUCUGUGUGGUGCACAGAAGAAAGAGGAUUUUUUCUGUGGGAUUGGAAGCUCUGGAGAAUUCACAGUGAUCAGCCAGAGUUUCUGGCAGCUCAAGACUCAUGCUGAACUGAUCAGCCAGAGGGGAUUUGGGCAAAGAAAAGGAGACAAAUUUAAAGAUAGGAGCUGUUCAAAUGAAUUGUACCCUAACCCAACUCCAGCAUGACAUAGAUACUAGCGUGGACAAAAGAUAGCAAGAUGUUCACACACACAAAGCGAGACAGUGUGAAACAUCCCACAUCUAGCCUACAGUAUAUAAAUAGCAAAUUCACAGUAUUAGGAACUGCCUGGAAACACCCUCAUUUAGCUUGACACUGACUCUAGGCUUUCCCAAUUCUGUUCAGUAAUGCACCCUUGCCAUAAUUUAAAAGAGUGGUGGUGGGGAGAACACCUGAAGCAAGCAGAAGAAGAAACUGGGUGCUAGCAUGUCCUAUUGUGUACAGUUUUAUAAACAUGUCUUCUCACCCCUUCCUGUGUAGUUCUCACCUGUCCCAAAUGUCUGGAUUGAUGUAAAGGCAAGCUGAUGAAUUUAGCAGCCACCCAUCAGAUAGGGAGAACAUAGAGAGGAAUGUCACACUUUCAGUUUUUCCAUCAGCACAAACAUUUCAGCUCACGACAUGGAUCAAUCCCUCCUCUCCUCUCUCCACAUGCUGUUCUGGGGGUUUGUCUGAUCUUCCCCAAGCCAGUUUGUGGGUGGGUGGGAGAGUGGAAAGCCCCAUUGUUUGGGUUUAUACUAGUAGGGCUCAAAUUGUAAUGAUGAAAGUGUGCCAUCCAUUUUUUAAAGUUGUGGAAUGAUUCAACAUUAAUCAACCUUAGCCUUGAGCAUUAGACUACAUUGAUUGUGAAAGUAUUGUAAGAUAUAGUGUGAAGAGUUGGGCAACAUUAUUUUCUGUUAACAUUGCAAUUCAGAAGGAUUUUUCUGUGAAAAUAAUACUAUUUCUUGACACUAAUUUUUAUUUCAAAAUGGCAGUUGUCUAGUAACUGUGUUGUAAACCGAUUUACACUUAAACUUGAAUGACUAAUUCCUGAAGAUGUAUUAAGACCACAUAUCUAGAUUUCAAUUAAGGAAACAAUGGCAAGGGCUCCAAGCAUCACACAGCUGCUAGUAUAUGGAAGUGAGCUUUAGGCUUGCUUUUCUUAAGCAGCAGUCAUCCGUUCCCCCCGUCGUCGUCCCCGCUCAUCCAUAUUACAUGCCAUGAGACGAUCUUCAAAACAGUUUGAGAUACGGGCGUGUAUAUCAGAUCUUUAAAUUUAAGUUUGCAACAUUCCAGGUAUUUAAUUCCUAGUUGUUGCUUUUUGUAGAGCAAAGCAGGUUUGGAAGCACAAUUCUGUACUGUGCUUAAACUUACCUGCACAUGCCUCUUUCCCCAGUUGCUUUUUCCUCACCUCAUUCAUGGGGUUUUAGAAACAUCAGCAGUGCAAGGAGAGGGGUGGUUGCAGUGGGUGAAAAAGGUUUACUCUCUGUGCUUCUCUGCUGAAAAUGGAAUGUGCCGGAAGCUGCUUUAUGCAUCUCUGUGUUUAACAUGUCAUUUGGCCCUUAUCAUUAAUGCUUUAUAAUCCAGAAAUGUAAUGGUGUACAUUUCACACCCACCCAUCGGCUCUUCUUGUUUCUUAUUUUUAAAAAGAAAGAGGUAUGUGAGUGUGGCUGAUAUCCAGUGAUAUCUGCCCACUUCUUCAGUGACAAUCCACUUGUGCAAAUGGGACUUCCUGUUUCUUUUCCCCUACAGUCCUGUGCAUCCCCAAAAUCUGUGACAGAGGGUCCCCCAACCCUCCAGGGCAGUUGGGGGCUGCAGGUGGGAGGGGAGAGAAAAGAGAAGUUCCUUUUCGUGAGCAGAUGCCUUCACAUGCUACAUUGGCUCUUACCCUUUGACUAUUACCAGAAUGUGCCAUUUAUGGUGAUGAUCUGUCUGGGAACAAAACUCAAUGUAUCUGCUUGAAAAUCUCUGCGUAUAAUCUGUUUUGGGAAUGGAAAAUAGAAGCAGCAUAACUUGGGCAGAGCGCGGUAGAAGGAUGCAUGUGAGCAGGGGGAAGGCUAGGAUAAAAAUGUAAUAAGAAAAAUUAUUCUUAAAAUAAGAAGUGAAAUGUUAAACACCACUUAGGUGCUUCAUUCUCCUUCCUUUAAACAUGUGCUAAAGUACAGAGAUGAGUUUUAAAGCUAUAGUCUCUGAGAUAGAAAUAGAAAAGGGUUCAAAAAAACCAAACCCACCCAACACCUUUUCCCUGGAGUGUUUUCCUGUGAUGGCAAGAAGUUGGUGAGCAGGCUAAUGUAGUUUCUGACUUCUUGAAAUUUUGUGGGAUCCAAGGUCAAUGCAGCAUUGCUAACACAGCCACUAUUAAGCGGUUCUUAUAAAGAAAGAAAAGCUUGUUGUUGAUGACUGCAUCUGGUAAGUAGUAACUAUGAUUGUUAAUAAAGUAAUAUAAAAAUAUGCUAAUACGUAAUAUAGCUAUGUUAUUGUUCAUGAAUGCUUUUUGUGUUUCAGGCGAUCAGCUGUUUCCAGGUUGGAAUCCACCUCACAUUUAGGAAUAUGUGGAGCGCAACGAAACUGUGAUCUUCAGUUUGAGAAUCUGAAUUGGAACAUCAGAGUAUAAAAACACAACAAACUGAAGAAAUUCGUAUAUUACUGCUGUUAACAAAUUAGCCUUGAUAGACAGGAAAUACUUUGCUUGUCAUAAUCUGACUUAAGUAAAAAAUUGUUGUAAAAACAAAGGCUCCUGGUUUUUCUUUCAUUUGUGUAGGACUAGAAGAAUACAUGCAUUUUCAUUUAAUGUAUGACUGAUAAAUCAUGUUUUGAGUAAGCAUGAUAGCUAAAAGCAUUUGGAAAUAACAAAAUUAGCAGAAGUAAUGCUUGGUACCUAUUUAGAAGUGUGCAUGUUUGCGUAAGACUUCUCAAAUAUUUGAUGAAUACAAUACAGACAUUUAGUAGCAAAUUUGCAUAGGUCAACCCUUUAACAAAUUAAUGAGCACAGGAGGGCAUCAGAGUUUUAGCAUCAGAGUCUGACAAAGUCUAGGUUAAGGGGGGGGCAUGUUGUACAGUGUUCCUGUCUGUGAAAUGAGCUAACAGCUGGGCCAGAGGUUAUCCCCAGAGGAAGAUACAACUUAGGGAGCCAAUCAGAAAAGACCCUCAAAUUUUGAAGGGAAAAAGUCAGAGUAGAUAAAAGGCUGUUGUCUGAAUGGGCUAGCGGGGAAAGAAAGGAAGGAAGAAAAACUAAACUCGGUUGACCUGGACUUGGAGGAAUUAGAAGCAAUAUAUCUGUGUAUGUUGCUUAGUCAUAGCUUAAUAAAACUUUACAAUUAGUUUAACUUGCUUGAUCUGUCAUAGCUUGCUUUAGUUUGGGUUGACUCCAGAAAUGCAUGUCUUCAAAUAUGAUAGUAGGAUAUCUGCUGGGGCUACACUAUAAACCUUUUCACCACAGAAUCCUCACAGAUGAUAAAACUGACUAAUGGAACUUGAAGGGAGAUGAUGUCUGAACCAAAUUAUAGAGAACAAGUUUGGAUUUGGAUAUCCAUGGGGGGGGAUACUGGUUUUGUUGCUAAUUUAAAUAGAAUAUUAUUGGAGGCACUCGUGAAUACCACUUGGGAUGGAAAUUACAAAUCUAUCUAGGGAGUGAGUAGGAAAUUGAAUCAAGAAAAACAAAUUAUAUCUGCUAGGCACCUUUUUAUCUUUGCUGUCAUGGGACGUAUGCAGAUCUCCCGUAAAUAGAUGUUAAACACGCCCAUCUUGGGAGCUUUUCUUAAAACGAGUCUCUUGCCUUUAUUCCAUGGAACUAAUAUUUGAAGGGCUGUCAUAUAUGGUAAGACACAGUUUUGUACCAUCAGAUGUGACAGGACUCCCCCCCGCCUUACUAUAGCCCUUCAUGCACACACCCCAUCUGCUCUGGCAGGUCUGCCAACCCACUGGAGUUUAUAUAUAUAUAUAUAUAUAUAUAUAUAUAUAUAUAUAUAUAUAAAAGAUAUUAUUACAAUUUUCAAAAUAUUACAAAAUGAAAAAGAAGAAAAAUACAAAAUAAAAGUAGUUAAAAACAACUCAAUCUUUCCAUUACUUAUCUUUCAUUUGCUUGUUUCCCGGACCUCCUCGCGCCUCCCUUUUUUGUAUUCCAAUUCAGUUUGUUAGUUCAGCAAAUCCUUCCCCUCUUUGUUUAUCCUAGUCUUUAAUCUUAAAAUAUUGUAACAUUAAAUUUUUACCUAUUAAUAAUCCAUUUUUCAUAUUCCCUUAUAAUAUUACAGCUAGAAACCACUUAAUUUCUAUCCAACAUCAUUCUAACAUUCAUUAAUUUUGCAAUAUUUCUGUAAAUAGUCUUUAAACUUUUUCCAAUCUUCUUCCACCGACUCUUCUCCCUGGUCUCGGAUUCUGCCAGUCAUUUCCGCCAAUUCCAUGUAGUCCAUCACCUUCAUCUGCCAUUCUUCCAGGGUGGGUAGGUAUUGUGUCUUCCAGUACUUUGCAAUAGGUAUUCUUGCUGCUGUUGUGGUAUACAUAAAGAAAGUUCUAUCCUUCUUUGGCACCAAUUGGCCGACUAUGCCCAGGAGAAAGGCCUCUGGUUUCUUCAGGAAGGUAUAUUUAAAUACCUUUUUCAUUUCAUUAUAUAUCAUCUCCCAGAAAGCCUUAAUCCUUGGGCACGUCCACCAAAGGUGAAAGAAUGUACCUUCAGUUUCUUUACAUUUCCAACAUUUAUUAUCGGGCAAAUGAUAGAUUUUUGCAAGCUUGACUGGUGUCAUAUACCACCUGUAUAUCAUUUUCAUAAUAUUCUGUCUUAAAGCAUUACAUGCCGUAAACUUCAUACCUGUGGUCCAUAACUGUUCCCAGUCAGCCAUCAUAAUGUUAUGUCCAACAUCUUGUGCCCAUUUAAUCAUAGCAGAUUUCACAGUUUCAUCCUGAGUAUUCCAUUUCAACAGCAAGUUAUACAUCCUUGACAAAAUCUUAGUUUUGGGAUCUUAACAGUUCUGUUUCCAAUUUUGAUUUUUCCACCUGGAAUCCAAUUUUUUUGUCCAAAUUGUAUGCCUCCAUUAUUUGAUAAUAAUGAAGCCAAUCUCGCACUUUGUUUUUUAAUUUUUCAAAACUCUGCAAUUUCAAUUUGUCUCCCUCUUGUUCCAAAAUUUCCCAAUAUUUCGGCCAUUUGGCCUCCAUAUUGAGCUUUUUCUGAGCCUUCGCUUCCAUCGGUGACAACCACCUUGGGGUUUUAUUUUCAAAUAAAUCCUUAUAUCUUAUCCAGACAUUAAACAAUGCUUUCCUGACAAUAUGGUUUUUAAAUGCUUUAUGUGCUUUGACCUUAUCAUACCAUAAAUAUGCAUGCCAUCCAAAUACAUUAUUAAAACCUUCUAAAUCCAAGAUGUCUGUGUUUUCAAGAAGCAGCCAUUCUUUCAACCAGCAAAAGGCUGCUGAUUCAUAAUAAAGUUUAAGGUCUGGCAGGGCAAAUCCGCCUCUUUCCUUUGCAUCCGUUAAUAUUUUAAAUUUUAUUCUAGGCUUCUUGCCCUGCCAGACAAAUCUAGAGAUGUCUCUCUGCCACUUCUUGAAACAAUCCAUCUUAUCCAAAAUUUGCAAUGUUUGAAACAAAAAUAGCAUUCUAGGCAAUACAUUCAUUUUUAUCGCAGCAAUACGGCCUAGCAGUGAAAGCUUCAAAUUUGACCAAAUUUCUAAGUCUUUUUUCACUUCCGUCCAACAUUUUUCAUAAUUGUCUUUAAAUAAGUUCCCAUUUUUAGCUGUCAUAUUAAUCCCAAGGUAUUUCACUUUCUUAACCACUGUUAAACCUGUCUCAUUCUGAAACCUCUCUCUUUCAAUCGCUGUUAAAUUUUUCUCUAAAACCUUUGUUUUUAACUUAUUCAGUUUAAAUCCUGCAACUUGACCGAAUUCUUGAAUCAGUUCCAAAACUCUUUUAGUACUAGAUUCUGGCUCCUGUAAUGUCAAUACUAAAUCGUCUGCAAAAGCUCUCAAUUUAUACUGUCUAGCUCCGACUUGUAUACCUUUAACCAACUGGUCCCUUCUAAUCAUAUUCAACAAAACCUCCAGGACUGAUAUACAAAGCAAUGGGGAAAUUGGGCAACCUUGUCGUGUCCCUUUUUCUAUCUUAAAUUCCUCCGUCACCUCAUUGUUAACAAUUAACUUGGCCUUUUGUUCAGAAUAAAUUGCACCUAUACCAUUUCCAAAUCCUUCACCCACCCCCAUCCCCUGUAAGUUCUUCUUCAUAAAACUCCAAGAAAUAUUAUCAAAAGCUUUCUCCGCGUCCACAAAUAUCAAAACUGCCUUAGUGUUGAUAUUCACUUCUAGUUUUUCCAAAAUAUUAAUUAUAUUCCUCAAAUUGUCAGACAAGUGUCUACCCGGGAGAAAGCCUGCUUGGUCCUUAUGAAUCUCUUCCAUCAACACUUUUUUCAAUCUUUUGGCCAAAAUAUCUGCAAAAAUUUUGUAAUCCACAUUAAGUAAUGAUAUGGGGCGGUAGUUCUUAAGCUGAGUCUUUUCAGUCUCUGUUUUCGGUAUAAGUGUAAUGUACGCUUCUUUCCACGACUCUGGUGCCCUUUUCCCUUCCAAUAUUUCAUUACAGACUUCCUUCAAAGGUUGUACUAACCAUUCUUUUAAGGAUCUAUAAUAUCUAGAAGUCAGUCCAUCUGGUCCUGGGGAUUUGCCUAAUUGCAUGUUUUGAAUGGCACCUUCUACUUCCUGUUCAGAUAUUUUAUAGUUCAACAUUAAUUUACUUUCUUGAGAGAUUUUUUGUAAUCCAUUUAUCUUCAAAAAUCGAUCUAUAUCAAUUUCUUUCUGUGGCCCUUGUGUAUAUAAUUGUUUAAAGUACCUCUGGAAACAGUUUCUGAUCUCGGCUGGGUUCUGUAUGUUCUUUCCUUCCACUUCUAAAUUUAUAAUAGUAUUUAAUUUUUGUCUUUUUUCAUUUGCCAAGCCAACAAUUUCCCACAUUUAUUAGCUGAUUCAAAUGUUUUUGUCUCAUUUGUUUAAUUUUCCAUUCUAUUUCCUGAUUCAUCAUUUUCAUAUAUUGUACUUGAUAUAACUUUAUUUCUCUCAAAAUCUCCUGCGACUUUGGUUUUGCUCUCAAUUUCUUCUCACUUUCUUUUAUUUUCUCCAAAAUUUUGUCUUUCUUCUCAUUUUGGCUUCUCUUCUUUAUUGCAUUCUGUUGUAUCAGGAACCCUCUCAUAACCGCUUUGCUUGCGUCCCAGAUUACUCUUUUUCAACAUUAGUGUUCAUAUUUAUCUCAAAAUAGUCUCUCAAAGUUUUUGGGCCUUCUUGAUCACAUCUUCAUCUCUAAAUAAGGUGUCAUUCAUCCUCCAUCUGAAAGAGCCAGUUGAUAUUAGUUUCAUCUCCAUCCUUACAGCAUUAUGGUCGGAGCAGGUUUUUGGACAAAUUUCCGCUUUCUUUAUCUUUGGUGCCAUUCCUCUAGUUACCCAUAUUUGAUCGAUUCUAGAAUCGCCCACUGGAGUUUAUAACAGAACUCUGGAGUGAUCAUUCCUUUGUGUUUUGUCAAAAGAAGGUGCCGGUUUUGUUGCUUUCUGUUUUUCGGUAAAGAGCAAUGUGUUAGUGCCAGAAGCAUUUCCUGUAUUGUAAAAUGGUGCUAGAUAUGUGUCCGUCACCUUUUCAUCAUAAUUGUAUCGAUGACAGGUUAAAAGUGUAGAGAGGCAGGUAUUUUACUUUCUUCUAGUCACCCUUUGAAGGAACCGACUGUUCUGAUUACAGGGUAUUUCUUCCGUUUUAAUAAACUUGAGUAUCACCUAUCAGCUGAACAUUAAAUCCCCUUAUGUAGGCCAUCACAAGUUUUCAGUUCUUAAUAUUUCAUAAGUUGAGUCUAAUUGGCAAAGUGUCACCUGUUUGCUUUCAUCAUAAGACGAGCACUGCUGAGAAUCUCUUGAGAUGUAACCUACCUUUUCUGACAAAGCUUUUAAAGGGAGACGUGUUUUAAGAUAUUGCUUAAGCCUUGUGUUCAGCCUGCAAGUCAAGCAUCUAGCUUGCCAAUGAAAUAAAUAUGCAUCCGAGUCUUAAGAUGCAUGUAUGGAAAAAGUAAUUAUUAUUUUUUAAGCCCUAAGACUUUCUGCACUACCACACACCAUUUAGGAUCAGGUAAGGGGUAAUAAUAAUAAUAAUAAUUUUUAUUAUUUAUACCCCACCCAUCUGACUGGGUUUCCUCAGCCACUCUGAGCAACUCCCAACAGAGGACUAAAAACAGAAUAAAAUAUCAAAUAUUAAAAACUCCCCUAAACAGGCCUUCUUUCGGAUGUCUUCUAAAAGUCAGAUAGUUGUUUAUUCCUUUGACAUCUGAUGGAAGGGCAUUCCACAGGGCAGGUGCCACUACUGAGAAGGCCCUCUGCCUGGUUCCCUGUAACCUCACUUCUCAGCACUGGACCUCAUAUCAUAUGACUGGGUAGCAGUCAUAUCAGCACAACAUAGCUCAGUCAGGGUUGUGGGUUCAAGGUGAAAGAUUCCUGCAGGGGUUGGAGUAGAUGACCCUCAUGGACCUUUCCAACUCCAAAAAUCUCUACUAAAACAUGCUGUUACAUGUCUGUGCCACAGUGACAUGGCAGGCAAACUAGACAAGCAGUGGCUUCUUUAGGAUCAGAGUGUAAAUGUCUUUACCAUUAAAAUUGCUUUAAGUCCAGCCUGUAUUUGUAGCAUAUGGCUAAAACUUAGUUUGAUCAUCUCCAUUUUCUCUUAACACGCACAUGUAUAACCUUUAUUAAAGGCAAUACCAUUUUGCCUCUUCUUCGUAGAGUUAACUUGAGAUUUUUGCUCUGUCAGCUUAUAGCAGUACAGAAUUGAUGUAUCUGAAAUGCAAGUCACCUUUUCCUUGUUUGUUUUCAUUCAUUUCCAACAUUUCAGGUGUUUAAAUCAGCCACAUGACUUUCCCCAAUAAAGUCCCUCUUCAGGUUUGUUUGUUUUUUGUUACGUUUGGCAUGUAAAUUCUCCUUUCUCUUUUUAAUUUUAAUAGGGACACCUUGUGAUUGGUGGUAAAGAAGUGACUCUGGAAUACAGCCAGUCACCUGAAUUCUGGCACUGCAGGCGUGUGAGUAUAUGGAAAGAGAACUGCAAGUUAUCUCAGAAAGAGAAUUGAGAAUUAGACCACAGAUACAGUGUGUUGAAUGCUAUCCUGUUGGUGUGCUACUUUCUGGGGGAGAGAUCUCCAGCUGCUAAGAAUGUUGUGGGUAUAUGUGUACCAUCCCUCUGCUGAGAAAAUAAAUGUGAUUUUUUGGGAUGUGGAAUCUUCCUAAGCCCACAUGGGAUGGUGCUGCCAGGGUUUCCCCAUUGGCAGGGGAGGGAAUGUGCACAAAGCUAGAUGCUUUCUGAAUUGAGAAUUCUUCCUCGAAUUAAAUGAGGCUUUUGUGAAUUGGUGUCUAGUAUAAAAAUCCCAGAGGUAUUUCCCCCGUUUAUUUGUUUUAUUUAUGUGUUUAUUUCAUAAAAUUUAUACACCGCUUGACUGUAAGAAGAAGAAAAACAACAACCCCUCAAAGUGGUUUACAACUUUGGUAAACAGUAAAAUAAAAAAUUAUAACCCUACUUUAAAACAUACGAAAGUUGAAGUCCUAAAACAGAUUAAAAUUACCUCAACUUCCUAAGCAUCUGGGUAGGCUUAUCUAAACAGCAGUGUUUUCAGUAUGUGCAAAAAAGAGAGAAUACAGUGAAGGCGCCUGCUUGAUCUCAAUAGGCAGGGAGUUCCAAAGUGUAGGAGUUGCCAUACUAAAUGAUCAAGUUCUUACAAAUGCAGAAUGGGCAUUAUUUGGCACCUGCAGUACUUUAAAAACAGACAUUAAAAGUAAGGAACCUGCACUACUGCAAAAUGUUUUGUAAUAUAUAGGGCUGCUGUAAACAAUGAAGAUAAUAAGCUUCCCAGGUAGCUUGAUCAAGAGCAGGUUUCAUUACAAGCAAAUUCCAAUGAAGUACAUAAGACUUGGAUAUUGCCAAUGAGGAGCGAUGUUAAUCAAUAGCUUUGAGAUUUUGUUCCAUUAAACUCAAGACCUCUUAAUGACACAGGCUCUGGUGCCGCUUGCCUAAGGCCUAAACCACACUAUGAGCAGAUGCAUGGGAGCUGCCUGCUUGGGGGGCGGGGGAAACAUAAUGUGUCAUUCUGUAAGUAUCCUUCCUCUCCCUCCCUCCCCCAUCCGCCCCAAUUCAUUUAGCUGCCACUUUCAAGGGUUGGGUAAACAGUAGCAUGACAAAACAUCAUGCUUUUUAUCUGCACAGUACCAUGGAGAUUGGGGCAGAUGGGGAAGAAGAACCUCAUCAGUCUAGGAGAAGGAAAACUCUGAUCUCAAACCUCUGCUCUUGCGGGAUAUCUUUGGGACAAGAAAAGGCUCAGGAGUGAACCCUACACAAAUCCGGAGUGGAGCCCUAAGACGGUCGGAUGGCGCCUUGUAUGCCUCCUUCCGGGAACUCCUGCAGCCAAGCUGGUGCCAAACAUAUUGCUCUGCUUCCCUUUGGACCACAUCAGCGAGGUCUUGUCAUCGGGGCAGCCCAGGACCACCAUAUGUAUUGCCUAAUGCAGUGGUUUCACUUCAUCCCUAGAGGCGCACUCCAUUGUCUCUCAAAACAGACAGAUGCCAACAAUCCUGGAGAUGUAGGUGGUAGCACACACACACAUUUUGAUGCAACAUUCAGAGCAAUGGCAUUUGUAUAAGAGCUACAAAGUAUAUUGGAUGGAGAAAAACAUUUUAAGUGUCUUUCCCUCAUGCUGUGCCUGUUUCAUUGCAGUGUAAAGUGUCCACAGUAGGGUAUCGUUCAUCCUGCUAUUACUGCAGACUCCCAAGAGAUGGUGAGCCUACUUUUGUUUAAUUGACAUUUAAAUAAACAAAUAGUAGUGUGAAUUCUAAGUGAAUAAAAAACUGAGAUGCAUGUGGCCCUCCAGAUGUUGUAGACCGCCACUCCCAUUGGUACCAACAACAUCUGGAGGGCUGUAGGUUCCUCAACUAUGAUGUGCUAGCAAAUAUUGCCAGCGUUAUUUGUAGAGUUAAUGUGUUCCUUUCUGCAGAUGGUUAACUUAAAACUAGUCAAGCACUCUCCUUGACAGAGAGAUUGGUCCGGGCUUGGAACAGUCUUUAAGUUUGUAUGAGUUGCUAUACUUUUUUUUUUUUUUUUUUUGCUUGAAAGUGCAGUGUUUCAUCCAAAGACACUCUCUUCAGUAAUGCUGUGUUGGUAAGCUGGCACUACCAAAGAGAGAGGAAGGGAAGAAAUUACCUCCCAAGCUGUUAAAGGCUAAUGAUGGAGACUUAGAGGAACAAGUGGUGCUACUCAUGUUUAUGCUGAUCCUUGUAUCUGGUUUGUUAGUGUGAUCCUGCCUAUCACUGGUGUAAAUCACUAACAAGUCUAUAAUAUGUAGACGGCUAAGCUGAAAACAGUUUUCGCUAGUACAUAUAAGGGACUAAAAGAACAGUUUUAAUACAGUGGUUACUGCAGACAGGGCUUCACUUGUUUUACUUUUUGCUAGUAACAGAAGAAAAGGUUGAAAAGGGGGAGGAAGAGUUAUCUGAGGAACCAACACCAGAGGAAGAACCUCCUAAGGACCCUGCUCCUCCACAGGAACCUUCUCCUCAGAAACCUACUUCUGAGCAGAGAAGUCAACCUCAGGAACCUGAACCCAAGAAGGAUGAAAGUAGGGAACAAUGGCCUUCACAAGAAAAGAAAAGGGACUCUGAAUUGUACCCACCUCGAAGGGAGAACCAAGAACAUGGUUCAAGAAGAGAAUCCAUGGAAACCAAACAUCAGGAGGAUGAGAGUAAAAGUAAGUAGAUUAUACUUGCAACCAUUUGGUCUCACUGACUGAGUUCAUAAUGGACACUUGGACUUGAGUAACUUGCAAAAAGAGGCUUGAAUUGAAGCUUGCAGUUUAGAAUUCUCUUUGUGUUCUGCAGCAUUAUUGGUUUUAACACUGAGUAGUCUUCAAGUCAGCUGAGCCUAAUACCAGGAGCUUUUGACACAGGAUGACAGAAAAGUUGAUGUACAUUUCUCCUCCUGAAGUAAUAUUUCACUUUCUCCUUGUAACUUUGUAACAGCAAUUAUGCUAAAACGCAUCCCUCGCUUCACUCCACCGGAAGUGAUUGUAGGACUUCUGGCACCCUACGUCCGCUUGUCUACUUCAAGUGUGCGUGUCAUGAAGAACAAAGCCGGUCGGAUGGGCUACACCUAUGGCUUCAUUGAACUGGACUCUCAUGCUGUAUGUUGUCAUUCACCACCCACCACUGCACAGUAUAGUAUUGACAGUUCUAUGGUAGACAUACCCUUGUGCAAACAGUGUCACCUGUCCUGUAGGGCGCCCCCCCCCCUCAUGUGCUUCACGGGGAAGGAGAGGAAGAACAAUUCUGUAAAAUCUGGAGCAACACUGGAUGUUUUCCUGUGCCUUUAUCUUCUUAUGUGACUGAGCCCCCUUCUGGCUUGUGUUUUUGUGUAUAAUGUUUAGUUCCAAUACUGGAACUUCUUCUUCUGCCUUCUCUAUACAAGGCUAGCCAGCAGUGGUUGAUAGUUAAUGCAUUAAGAGGAUGCUCUUCCUCCUGAUGUGGCCAUGAAGCUUCCACUUUAUAGUUUAUUAAGCACAGCUCAAUGUUGUCUGCAAACACAAAACUGUGGUUAACCUUAACUAUGGUUUACAAAAACAAGCCAGCUUCGUAAACCAUAGUUUGAAGCUGACUUGCUUUAGAAAACCAUGGUAGAGAGUACCUAUUUUGUUUGAUUUCACCUGUAAUCCUGAGCUAUAGUUAGUCAAGCUUCUGAACUCCUUGUGGCUAUGUGUCAUAGUCUGGGUUUGAGCUUUUUCUUCAGGGCAUAAAGGCCGGGCCAAGAGAAAGAGUAUGCCUCGGAUCAACUGGUGUCAGAGGGAACUGGUGACCAAGAGGAGGAAAGUGAAAGCUCCUUUGGGGACCGGUGGGACUCACUUGGACUUAGAGCCGCUAGAGGAACUUAAUGGGUGGGGGUAUAAAUAAUAAAAUUAUUAUUAUUGUGACAACUUAUUUCUGGCUUAGUGGCUCAAACUUGUCUCCCCCGCCCCCACGCCCAACUGGAUUCUUGUCUCCACAGGAAGCAGUCCGCAUAGUGAAGGUUUUACAAGAUCUGGAUCCCCCAAUCAGCAUAGAUGGCCGUGCUGUGGAUGUAAACCUAGCCACCGGAAAGAGGAGGUAAUAGAAACCUCACUAAAAAUACAUAAUUAUGACUCUGUGUUAUCAACAUAUGCUUUUAUACCAGGCACCGAAACAUUCAGAUUGAUGCUUGAUUAUACAUUUGAGGGAAGUUUUGCAGAGGAUGUUUUUUUUACAAAAAACAAAACAAAACAGUAGUGUUAUGACUAUAUGCAGUUGAAUCUCCUUGUUAAGGUGGCUGUGCUGUUGAACUCAGCUCAAAGUUCCUUUGCAACAAUGUGGUGAUAUCACAUCUAAGCCAUUUGGAAGGUAGUCAUAGUGAACAUAAGCAACAGCUGACUGAGCUACAAAGCCAAGCUUCUUGUUGACCAAAUUGCCCACUGAAACUAGUAACGUUAGAGUGAAGCAAAAGUAACACUUGCCAUGCAUGUAGCAUCUUCAGAAAACUUAAAUUGGUAUUAAUUCAGAUGGUCUCUUUCUGUUGCUAGAAACGAAUAUGGAGACCAUGGUGAUGUUCCACGCUAUAGCCAGGUAUGCUUGUAGUACAAUCUGUGAUGGCACUCUGAGGGAAUUGACUCCUGCCUCAGCUAUAUGGACACUGAGGGAUUGAAGAGUUUGAUAUAUGAGUGUUUGCUGGUAUUCUUAACUGUUCUAUAGAAGUUGCCACUAGGGAAAUUACCUGUAUUUUCCAGUAUUGGUUCAGAUUACUGCCCUUCCAAUCUUCCUCCAUGAUGAGCAGGAGAAAGUCAUCUCUUCUGUAGGCAUUUCGGUAAUGCACAUCUGAUCUGACUUAGCGUGUUUUGAUGUCAAUAGAGGACCACAUACUGACUUUCCUGAGUUGCACAUUUAGGUCAGAGAAGCAUACACCAGUACCUUUUAUUGCAUGACAACCCAAUACAUGCAGAUUAGUCUGGAGUACUUUGAAUUGUGAGGAAAUGUCCACCAGAUGUUCUGCUUUCUUGGUUUGUGUUUUUAAAUGCCUUUUCUGUAUUAGGGCAAACGGGGCACAGGUGACAGGAGAGGCGCUGACUCACAGAAGCGAAGAUCAGAGUGUAAGACUCAACUUCAUUUUCUUGUUACUGUGUUCUUCUGGUCACUUUCUACUUGUGAAAGCUCAGUGUCCUUAUUCCAUUUUUAAAAAAUGUUCCUUAUAGGGUUAUAUCCAGCAAAGCACUGCUGUGAAUGUUCCAUCAGCAUACAGAUUUCUACUUGUGCAACAAAACAUUCUUCCCUCCUCUUCCCCCUGUGCACCCCCUAAAUCUAUUCUAGGGGUUUCCCCAGCCCUCUGGAACAGAUUUGGGGAGGGUGCAGGAGGAAGUCUAGUUGUGCAAAUGGAAAUCCUUGUGCUGACAAGACGUUUUGGUUGAAUUCUGCCCAUAGAAUUGUUGACAUUUUCAAUAACAAUUAUAAGUUUUUGCAAAUGCACUUUUCAAAGCUGAGUAUGCUUUGAAACAAAACAAAACGUUUACACCAGCCUUAAAUUUCCUGUUUUUGGAUUUUGUAUUGGACAUCGGAGAUUUUUCAAUAGAAAUAAGUGUUGAUCCUAUGUUUGACUUUCAUUCUGACUGCAAAAUCUUGCAAGAACUUUUUCUUACUUGAAAAAGUCAGCCAAAUUGAGUGUAGAAUCGUAAGGCUUCCCUGCGCUAAAUGUGGCUUGCCUGUGAGCCAUAUCUGGUUUACCAAGUCAUAGGAAGUAAGACAUUGGUCCCCACAACUUUUAUCUCCUGAUGGGAUCAGGAGAUCAAGCUAUCUAUCCUUUAGAGAGCGAUUGGGAGACAGAAUCCCUCUGCUUGUUCUUUAGAGAUCUACUCCAAAAGGUAGCUAAAGGAAUCUUUUGUCUCUGAUCUCAGCACUAUGUACCAAAGCACUGAUAUUGAAGAUUAAGCCUAGUCUUUAAGAUGAAAAGCCAGUAUUUCCCCUCUCCUUUAGCACUGGAGUGGGGAGUGCUGCGAGUACUGGUUUUGUGUAUGUGGGUCUGCUUGUGUUUGUAUAUGAGAGGGUACAUGUUUCAGUGUUUAAUUGCAUUUGUGUUUGUGUGACAGUGUGUGUAUGUGUGUGACUGAGCUCUGUGAAACUGCUGAGUGGCUCUUGGAGGUAUGACUGAAUGUCUUUGGCUGAAAAGUUAGUUGUCCCUGCCCUAUAUAAUUACCAGCUUAGAAAGGGUAUUUGGAGUGAUACCAAAUGCAAACACUAAUUUCUUACAUGCACCCCAAGAUCUGGCUUGGUUAUAAUUUGACUGGUUCUUUUCUGUUGGAUUGACACUUAUUGGAGGCCUCAGGAAAUUAUCAAGCAAAAAAGUGACACCUUCUCACUCCUUGGAGAGAAUUACAUUGAAGCACAACGUGUAGAGAUAUGUAGUGCUAGUCACCUUGUCCUUAUUUAAUUUUUGGUUGAAAUUUCAUCAUCUCAUCUCUGAGCAGGAUAAUUUCUACCCAAGCAUUACCUCAUUCUUUCAGGGCUGGCCUUACCAUAAGGCAGAGUUUCAGGGUAUCCUUAAGCAACAGCAGUUAUUUAGUGUAAUAUAUAUUUAUUAUCCUGGCAACCCUUUUGGAAUCGUCCCCCUCAAACACCAGAAUGUCUUGGGCCAUCUCUGUUUUUAUUUAAAUAAUGUUUGACACCUUCAGAAAUAUAUGAUGUUUGUAUUUACUUCUUUUUGCCCCUCAGCUUCCUCUGAUGUGUCCACAUUCAUUUAUGAUCCAGACACUGGAAACUAUUUUGACCCCAUUACAGGGGUAUACUAUGAUCCCAAUACUCAGGUGAGGGCAUGUGCAUUUGUGUGCUCACUUUGCCAUUUCAGUGCCAGGAAAAAAUAUUCUCUAAACAUGUGCCAAAUAUCUCCUUCCAGAGAGAUGUUCCAAUGGGUCGAGAAGCAUCUUCAUCCCCACCACCGCAUACUGGGAGGAGGCGCAGGAGCCAGGAUAGGGAUAGGGCAAGUGAACGAGAUGAGCCAUCCAGUAGAGAUAACCGAGAGAGAAGAGAGAGACACAGAAACAAGUCGGCCAAGGUAAAAUAUCUGCGCCAUCAUCAUUCUUAUGAACUGUACAAAUUGGCAUGGUCCAAAGAUUAAUGCUGCCAUAGUCAAAGCUUGCUUUUGCAGCUAGGCAAGUCUAGGAAUUUGCAAAAUAUGCAAUAGAUAGGGUUUAGCUUAACCUGUAGAUAAUCCAAUUUCCUUUUAAACUCAUAAUCCUUUUAAGGCACCCAGCUUCUUCAUGAGCACAAAAGCUCAUUUGAUCAUAAAAACAAGCAGAUCAAACACUCUUUCAAAGGCGGGCACGGGUUUGUGGAUCCAGAAACCAAGUGCCAUUAAACCUAAGUGUGUAUUUUAAAAGAUGCAAGCAAAGUAACUAAAAUAUAAAAAUAAUUAUUUGUAGAAAAUACUGUGAUUCACUGGACUGUUGAGAUGGUACACUGCAGAUCAGACCACUUGAGUGUAGACAACAUUUUAAAAAUACAUACAUACAAUCCUACUUAGUCCCUGAAGUUGCCAAGAGAGCAAAACCCAGUUCACAUCCAGAACUGAGAGUUCCAAGAGAGGUGUUAGUAAGCCCAUAAAUGGGCACAAAUAGUUCAGUAUAACUGUCAAUAUUAUUUUCUUCUUUUGAGAUAAAAGUUCUGAGAGUGACAAAGGACUGUAAUUUGAUUUACAGGCUGCUUCCUCAAACUGCUCAAGCUUCCAGUUUUCCUGUGACUCAUCCUGAACAAAUAGGAGAAUUUUCCAGUAGUAAACUGGAUAUCUAAAAUACCAAGUUUCCAUUUACAAUCUGGUCUGAUACUUGUGGUGUAAUCUCCAGAGAAUCUUACGUGCUAAGAGUUACCCAGUAAAUGAGUGCAUUGCACUUGCCCUUGUUUAAAAGUUAGUUUGACUUGAUCUGAACAGGGAGGGAAGAGCAACAUUAAUUGAAUUCAAGAACAGGAGCUGAAAGCAUAUUUUCAACAUCUCAUACAGCCAGUAGCAGAUUUCAACACUUGGCAUACGUGUUCCUCCUUACAGCUUUGAUGCACUGUUUGCUAAGUAUCUACCAGCUACACAAUCCCCUUUGAACACCCCUCUGACUCUCAGCCAGUUUGUCAUUCUUAGAUGCCAAAGGGUAUAACUGAGGAUAGCAAAAGUGAGAGAGACAAGAAACCAUGUAUCUCCUUUAUGCUUGUUGCUGUAAAGGAAGUAAAGGUACUAGUAAGAAAAAUGGUUGGAGGCAGGCAGUGGGGAAGCCGAGCUGGCAAUAAGUUUUAACUCCCAGUCUUAAUGUUUCAGAAUGAGAAUCCAGAAGAAAAACUUCCUGCAGAAGAUGUCUUUAAAAAACCACUACCUCCAACACUGAAAAAAGAAGAGAGCACACCCCCAGUAAGGACUUUACUUGGCAUUUGUCAUCUGGAACAUUUAAUUAUUAUUUAUUGAUCUUAUCAAGUAUGAGGCUUACUGUCCUGCUGAAAUUUGUCUGGUGCAUGUUGUAGUAAGCUAGUCAGUAACAAUUCUUAGCGUUGUAGCAGGGAGUGUCCUGUCCCCCUCUUUCUUGCAGCAACACUGAAUGGACUGCUGUGUGGUUAGGGGGCCUCUUGGACUGUAUCCCUAAACCUACUUUCAAGUGGGAGCCAUUGAACUUAGUGAAACUUACUUCUGAAUAAACUUGCAUGCAUAGGAUUGUGUUGUCAGUGUUUCUCUUGAUGGGCUAAGUUGUUUAGAUUUCAUUUCCUCUUCAUAUCAGUUUUUUUAAAUUGAUUGAAAAUGAGGAGAAAUUGUAACAGAUUUCAAAUUGUCCGUGUAAUGUGCAUCAAAAAAAGCAACAUGUCAAUAGGAGCACCAUGUGCAAGACAGAAGAGGCAGCAGUGCUGACUUAGAUUUGGUCUACACAUGCAACAGAAUGUUGCAUUCAACUUGUGAGCUAGUUGAAUGGCCUGUACCGUUUCAGUCUCUUGUUUCAAUCAGGGAUUGAGUCAAAGUCAAAUUUAAGAAACAAUAGUACCAGUUCCCAAUUAUCUUUAUUUUGCAUGCAGGCACUCCUUCCGUUUGCCUUCUUACAUUUUGGCUAUCAGUUUCCCCCCUAGUGAGUUCAUGGUAGAGGCGAGAUUCAAACCAGGGAUUUCCCUGAUUGUAGCUUAGUCACUUAGCAACUGUACUAGACCAGUAAUACAUCAGUUAAGGCAUCUAAGACCUCAGAUCCACUGAAUUGGCUUUGGUUUGCAUAUGGUUCUCAUUCUGCCCCCCCCCCCCCACUCCCGCCCCUUCAGCCAAAGGUGGUGAAUCCUCUGAUAGGACUCCUAGGAGAAUAUGGUGGAGACAGUGACAAUGAGGAGGAGGAGGAAGAAGAAGAGGAACCACAGCCACAGCCUCCACGGCCACCAGUGCAACAGGAGGAACGGCCACAGAAGCUUGAAAAUGAUGAAGAAAAGCUGACUGACUGGAAUAAGUUAGCAUGUUUACUUUGCCGGAGACAGUUUCCAAAUAAAGAAGUCCUGAUCAAGCAUCAACAACUUUCCAAUCUUCACAAAGUAAGGAAAAAAGCAACCCAUUCAGGAGAAUCUGCUAUUCAUGCUUUAUCUUGCAUUUAACAAAAAUUCUCCAUAUUUCACAAGCGCCUCUCAAAGAUGUAAUUUUUCCUGAUUUCUCUUUCCUUCCUGUAUUGUGUCCUGCUUGAAUUCACUCCUUUCUCUUUUCAGUGCUGUGAUCUGCUGGUUUUAUGCCUGCUUUUGAAAACAGCUUCAAAUCCUGGUUUCAGAUUGUGUUAACCACAAGGCAGGUGUAGCAUUAAACCAUGGUUCAUACUGAAAAGGAACGGAGGAAAGAGGAUGGUACAUGUGAGCUUGUGGGAGAUAUCAGGAAGUGUUAGAUGAUCAUUAUGAUCCCGUUUUCUCUUUCCCAAAAAUUAGCUCAAUGCUAACCUUUCCAAUCCCCUUGUCAGCAGAAAUAAAAAUCAGAACAACUGUCAGAAAUCAACAACAGUGUUAGAUUAGCCAAAGGCUUCCUAAAAAUCCCAGGUUAUACCUGAAAGGGAACAGUCAUUGGCUGCUGAGUUUCUCUGGGGAGGGCAUUCCACCAAGUUGGUGCCCAAGCUUCAUUUGGCAAUGACACCCGAAACAAGGCCUCAGGUGGCCAUUUUUAAGAGAACGAAAAGCUGUCUUUUUAGGAACAGCAAUACAUGGAAUGGAUAUGAAUAAAUUUAAUUUCUUUGCUUUCAUUUUGUACUCUUGGGUAUAUUUAUUUUGUAGUAAUAUGUACUCAGCUGUUGGAAUACAGUAUAGCACUUCGUUUUAUUUUCAAAUGUUUGCCCAUACAUCCUACUAUCUCACAAAACCUAAGAAAUGGCUAAACAUUUUACAUGGCUGGAAUAAAUAUUUUUCAUUGCAUGAAGUGAGACAAUUCAAAAGCUAUUCAUCCAUUUUGCUUCUUACAGCAAAACCUAGAAAUUCAUCGUAAAAUAAAACAAUCGGAACAAGAGCUUGCGUAUUUGGAGAGGCGAGAACGUGAGGUAAUUACAUCUGCUGUGUAUGGUCCUGUGCAGCUGUGGCUCUGCAUAAACAAAACACUAAUUCCCUGUGUGCCCCACCAAUGCUUACUUGGGUGUGUGUGUGUGUGUGUGUGUGUGUGCGCGCACACACACACACACACACAUACACACAGUGCAGCAGGUAUCUAGAUUCCAGGUCCUGAAAGUGAAUUAAACAAUCAUCCAUCAUCUACCCAAUUUUUUGUCAUGCCGUGACAGCCUUAAGCAGCACCAUCAGUUGAUAUUGAGAACUUUCCUUUGUGUGACCUCUGUGCCUCCCUGAGAUUUCCCUUGCCAUCCGGAGAGUGCUAUUGUUUACCUUGUUUUUCUGGGUGCCAUUAGUCUACCUGCUUUUUGGAAAUAAAGUCAAGUGCCAAUAAAGGCUCCAAGCGGGAAAGAAUUAAGCAACCUGAUCGUGUAGGAACAUGGUUUGUUAUAAACACCCAGCCCUGGAGACUCUUCUCUUAGCUGUGCAGAGAGACUGCACUGGCUCUCGUCUUGCCUUGAUAGGGAGAGAGACAAAAUGGAUCUGUCAGAAGAUGUAGACUCUGAGUGUUAAAUUUAUGCCCACAGAAAAGUCUUGCUUUCAGUGUGCAGCAGUGUUCUUGGAUCUGAAUGUCAGGCCCCUCUCUGCCUUAAUGCUAGCACUUCAUUCCACACUUCCAAAGAAAAUUAAACACCCUGAAAGAUAACCAAAUGGUUUCAAUUUUAUGGAGAUGCAAGAUCAAAGUGGUACUUUGAUAUUACAUUGAUAAUACAAAGUUAAUAAGAUGGGUAGGCUCUUGUAGAUGCUUGUUUGGAAAUGUCUGGAAAAUAAAGCAAGAUGCUCUGUUGCAGUGCUGAGGGACUACUGGGGAAUUUUUCUCCACUCCUUAGGUUAGUUGCACAAAUGUAUAAUUUUUAGUGAAUGAAUGCAUUUUGGGAGGGGAAAUCUGCGAUGCCAUCUUCACUAACUCUGCCUUUUAAUAUAAAGGGAAGGUUUAAAGAAAAAGGAGGUGACAGAAGAGAGAGAUUUGAGGAACGGAACUCUCCAGAGAGAAAACGACCGAAGAAUUUCAGGAAUUCUGAAAGGUAUUGGGACAUUCUUAACUCAAAGUUGUUUUUGCCAGCUUAUUCCGUAACAGUGAAACAGGCUGCUUUGCAAGGUGUGAUCUCUUUUGGUUAGAUGCUCAAUGACUAUCUUACAGGGAUGCUGUAGUAAUGGCUUUGCUGCAUUGACAGAUGGUGGUGAUGGUGGGAACUGAAGUGCCUCCCAACUCUUUCAGUUGUAUCCAGCUAAGUUCUAUUCAGAAUAGAUCUAUUAAAAUUAAUGCACCCUGGCCUAGAUGCUCAUUCUUUAGGCAGCUAACAGCCCGGCUCCUAAAGUUUCUUUGCAUCUAUAAAACACACUAUUGCUUAUACAAUAAUUUCUAUAGCAGAUAUGCUCCUCAAAGUUUAUUCAUGCCAGCAUGCUUACAUUUGUUUGCAGUGACUAUAAGCCCACAGAUAGAGGAAGACUGGAGAGCAAUAACAAAGGAAGCCGUAUGAUGCAGGCUAUGGGCUGGAAGGAAGGUUCAGGUCUGGGUCGCAAUGAACAGGGCAUGACGUCACCAGUGGAGGUAAAAUUCUUGUGUUUGCAAAGGCAACUGUUUUGAAUUAUUGCAUCUUACGAGCAUGAACAGUAUCCUUGCAAUAUCUCUGCAUAUUGGCAUCUGAAGUGCUAUUAGUGGAAGUGAGGCAAAGGGUCUUCUUGGUUUCAGCACCCAGGAUAUGGAAUAUCCUGCCCUGGGAAGUCAAUCUGUCCUCCUUAUUAGCAGUCUUCACAUGAAAACAUUGCUGUUCUAGUUAUAUUUUUUGUUUAACUCCUGUUACUUUAGCUGUCUUGAGCACUUAACUGAAGUGGAAAGUGAGGAGUAUGAUUUUUUUAAUGUGGUUGGCAAUACUGGAGCAAGGUGGGUUGUGGUGCUGAAGGUGGGAUUCAGAAAAGGAUCCCCAAGAAUGGAGGUGGCAUAGCAUGGCCACUUAAAGGACCAAACACUCAAUGUCCUUAUUCAAAGCAUUUUUUAGGCAAAGCUAGCUGGUAUUAAAUUAUGUAUUCCCUGUACAUUAUUCUUACUCAAAGCAAUAUUGUUAAGCUAGGUUUUAAAUAGCUUGAAAUGGCUUUUGAUUGUUCAGGUACUCACUUGAACACGCAAAGGGCUAAAACUGUCUAGAGAUAGGGGUGUGUGCAUGUGCAAGCAAGUCCUGCCCGCAAUGUCCCUGCGUGGGGGCUCCUUUCUGAUUUUUGCCCAGUGAGUGGAAAGACAUGAGGAGCCUCCAUGGGUGGGGUUUUGUGGGGAGGGGCAGUUUUCACCCUCAUGAGUUUGGUGAAUGCCUGAACUGAACCUGUCUGUAACAUGCCAAGCAAUGUUUAUUCCUUCCCUAGUGAUAAGAAGUGCACUUGGUGAAUGUUCUAGGUGCAAGUACAACUAGCUGCUUUUAAUCUCUCUCUCUAUUUUUCCAGGCUGAAAGUCGAAAGAGGGGAGCAGGAUUAGGGACCCAAGGGAGGCCCAGCAGAAGGCAAUCUAAUGAAACGUACCGAGAUGCUGUGCGGCGAGUCAUGUUUGCCCGCUACAAGGAACUUGAAUAA